AGACGGAGGGCUCCCGGCUGCAGAGGGAAAUGAAGGCAUACCUGGCGGCUGUGAAAGGUGAGGCACACACACGUACGCACACAUACCUGGCAGCUGUACAAGGUAAGCGUCUGCAGAGCAAAUGCUUACGCAAGAGACACAUUCACUCACAGGUGAAAACACACACAUACAGUGCAUUCAAAGAAAAAAAAAUCUAUGCACUCACUAACUGUAAAUCUCUCUGGAUAGUAGUGUCUGCUAAAUAAAUAAAAUGUAAAAUUCGGAAAGUAUUCAGACCCUUGACUUUUUCCACAUUUUAUUGCGUUACAGCCUUAUUCUAAAAUGGAUUAAAUUAAUGUUUUUCCUCAUCAAUCUACACACAAUACCCCAUAAUGACGAAGCGAAAACUGGUUUUUAGAAUGUUUAGCAAAUUUAUAACAAAUUUUAAACAGAAAUACCGUAUUUACAUACGUAUUCAGACCCUUUGCUUUGAGACUUGAAAUUGAGCUCAGAUGCAUCCUGUUUCCAUUGAUCAUCCUUGAGAAGUUUCUACAACUUGAUUGGAGUCCACCUGCGGUACAUUCAAUUGAUUGGACAUGCUUUGGAAAGGCACACACCAGUUUAUGUAAGGUCUCACAGUUGACAGUGCAUGUCAGAGCAAAUAUCUUUCAGAAGGAAAACCAUCUCUGCAGCACUCCACCAAUCAGGCCUUUAUGGUAGACUGGCCAGACAGAAGCUACUCCUCAGUAAAAGGCACAUGACAGCCCGCUUGGAGUUUGCCAAAAGGCACCUAAAGACUCUUAGACCAUGAGAAUCAAGAUUCUCUGGGCUGAUGAAACCAAGAUUGAACUCUUUGGCCUGAAUGCCAAGCGUCAGGUCUGGAGGAAACCUGGCACCAUCCCUACGGUGAAGGAUGGUGGUGGAAGCAUCAUGCUGUGGGGAUGUUUUUCAGCGGCAGGGACUGGGAGACUAGUCAGGGUCGAGGGAAAGAUGAACGGAACAAAGUACAGAGAGAUACUUGAUGAAAACCUGCUCCAGAGCUCUCAGGACCUCAGACUGGGGCGGAGGUUCUCCUUCCAACAGGACAACGACCCUAAGCACACAGCCAAGACAACGCAGGAAUGGCUUUGGGACAAGUCUCUCAAUGUCCUUGAGUGGCCCAGCCAGAGCCCGGACUUGAACCCGAUCUAACAUCUCUGGAGAGACCUGAAAAUAGCUGUGCAGCGACGCUUCCCAUCCAAACUGACAGAGCUUGAGAAGAUCUGCAGAGAGGAAUGGGAGAAACUCCCCAAAUAUACAUUACCAUUCAAAAGUUUGGACACACCUACUCAUUCAAGGGUUUUUCUUUAUUUUUACUAUUUUCUACAUUGUAGAAUAAUAGUGAAGACAUCAAAACAAUGAAACAACACAUAUGGAAUCAUUUAGUAACCAAAAAAGUGUUAAACAAAUUAAAAUAUAUUUUAUAUUUGAGAUUCUUCAAAGUAGCCACCCUUUGCCUUGAUGACAGCUUUGUACACUCUUGGCAUUGUCUCAACCAGCUUCAUGAGGUAGUCACCUGGAAUGCAUUUCAAUUAACUGGUAGUGUAGGUGUGCCACGCUUGUAGCGUCAUACCCAAGAAGACUCGAGGCUGUAAUUGCUGCCAAAGGUGCUUCAACAAAGUACUGAGUAAAGGGUCUGAAUUCUUAUGUAAAUGUGAUAUUUCCGUUUUUUCUUCUUAAUAAAUUUGCUAAAAUUUCUAAAAACCUGUUUUUGCUUUGUCAUUGUAAGGUAUUGUGUGUAGUUUGAGGGGAAAAAAACAAUUUAAUCAAUUUUAGAAUAAGGCUGUAACGUAACAAAAUGUGGAAAAAGUCAAGGGGUCUGAAUACUUUCCGAAUGCACUGUACAUGCAUAUGCGCACACACACACACACACACACACACACAAACACGUACACACACACUAGAGCAUGGCCGUCGUCUAAUCCUAUGAACAUAUGUGCCCUCCCACAAGACUUACAGUAUGUGUGCCUAUAUCUAAACACAUACAGUGGAAAGUAAACACGAAUAGCAACUGCUUUAAUUUGGAAGAUCGUUUUAUUUUCAGUUCUGAAAGAUCUGUGAUUUAUAUCCAGUUCUUAGAAUUUUACAUAGUGUUUUUCUGUUGCUCCAGCACCUAAGUAUUAAGACAGAAAGCCCUCGCAUGCCAUAUUGUGUAUGAUGCUCGCAUGUACUUUCAUGAACAGUAACCUAUUUACCUACAGUGGGAUUCAAAAUUAUGGACACCUUUGAGAAAGAUGAGCAAAAAUGUCUGUAUAAAUAAUUCAAAUACUGAGCUAUAUUGUCUGCUCCAAAAAAUUGGGAAAUUAUAUUAUUUUAUAGUAAUACACUUGCUGAGAGAAAUAGAUUUUGUUUAACAAGUAAUACUUUUUUUCUCUAAAAGGUAGGGGUCAAAAUUAUUGACACCCCUGCAGGGCCGUAACUACAUGAGAACACCGGCGUCCGGACCUUGGUAUUUUUUUCUAAUUAUAUAUUUUUUUAAAUAAUAAAAACAUAUAUUUUGUACACAAUAAAGAAAAUCAAUUACGGGUCAACAUCUAAAUAUUGCUCCCAGUAUUGAUCAAAGUUCAGAACGCUUAUGUUCUUGAUCUGACUGAGUUCUAACGCACCUGCGUCUUUGCGAAUGAGUGGAAUCAUGAAAAGUGGUUUGUUCGUUAUUUUAGCUUGCGUUCCCCCAGAAUUUGCCUACCGGGUUUUCCUUUUUAGCAGCACAUUCACCACUCUCUAAAACGGCUAACUCCGCCCUCUCGGCUUGUGACGUGAAACGAACUACCCCAGGUCGGAGUUGUACAGAGGUUGAUACAGUGGUUCCCAAACUUGGGGUCUGGGUCCCAUGUAGGGUCCCCUGAGAAAAUCUGUACUAAUCUUAUCAAAUAAGUUAGGAACUUAAAAAAUAUAUAUGUUUCAAUAUGAACAUCUCCACAUGGCCUGUCUUCCCAAUAGGCCUACAUUAAAAUGCAAUAAAAAUUUUAACAAUACAGUUCUAAAUUUUUUUAGAAGUUUUCAUUUAUAUCGGUGGUUGUUCAUCUCAAGGUUAAUAUUGUAAACUGAAACUAAAACUAAAACAAAUAAUGAAAAAACAAUUUAGGAAACUGAUAUAAAAUAAUUGAUAUAUACUGAAACUAUUAUCUUUGACUCCAAAAUGAAAUAAUUAUGUUCAGUUUUAGUUUUUUUGGGGGGCAAAAUUCAAAUGGAUUUUCCAAUGGGGUUUUCAAGCUUUUUGUGAGAGAGAGCCUGAAAUAUCACAUGUAUUUGUAUAUAUCCACUGUACACAUAAAUCACGGCAAAUUGGUUCCAGUUUAAGUCAUGUCUUUGGUCAAAUAAAAACACCCUAACCUCUCUAGGUCUAAACCCUUAGAUCGCAAUAUCUACUAAGCUAAGAUAUGGAAUUAUUUUAAGGUGGUCAUAAAAUGGAUCAUUUAGCCAUUUGAUUUGGAAUUUUAGGACCACUGUAGGGAUAAAGAAGAUAUACACAAUCAUUUUAAACAUUCAAUUUGGCCUUUACUGCUAUAGCCCAUCGAAACGCAUUGAUAACACAUUUGUACACAAUGCAGGAAAUAGCUGCAGGAUAAAGUUGGUGCAGAGCAACUGCAGAAACUUGCAGUCAAAACUUCAUGACCUUUGAUCACACGAUUUUUGUAAAGUUCAUGCAGCUGACAUGUAGGCGCAAGUCAGACAAUUUUCAUCCCCAGAAUGCAAUACAAUUUGAUUUGACAAAAUUGAUCCGCUCGAAUGCGCCCAUUGAGAUGAGCACAAUGCAAAAGUGUCUGUGCAUGUGCACGCUGCUACAGCGUGGUAGUAGCUACAGGACCAAAACAGUGGAGAAAUUUAGUCUUGCGCUUCAACGCUCCAGGUUGUUGCUGAAAUUUACCCACUACAACUGUUUACUUUGUGCAUCUACGUUAUCUCACUGAGUCUACUUUUAAACCUGCAUUACUGCCCCACACUGGCAAAAAGUGACAUCCCCAAAAACACAAAAACUAUACAACACAUAAAUGGCUCCUAGCCUCCCACGCAUAGGCGACUUUCUGUCCAUAACACUAAAACUGAAACGAAAUAAUAUGAAAACGAAAUAUAAAUGUUUUUAUAAAACUUAAACUAAAUAAAACUAGUAAAGUGGAUCUGAAAACUAACUGAAACUAAACUGAAUUUCAAAUAAAAAUCUGAAAACGUAUAGAAAUUAAAACGAAUAUACAGUUGAAGUCGGAAGUUUACAUUUUAGCCAAAUACAUUUAAACUCAGUUUUUCACAAUUCCUGACAUUUAAUCCUAGUAAAAAGUCCCUGUCUUAGGUCAGUUAGGAUCACCACUUUAUUUUAAGAAUGUGAAAUGUCAGAAUAAUUGUAGAGAGAAUGAUUUAUUUAAGCUUUUAUUUAUUUCAUCACAUUCCCAGUGGGUCAGAAGUUUACAUACACUCAAUUAGUAUUUGGAAGCAUUGCCUUUAAAUUGUUUAACUUGGGUCAAACGUUUCGGGUAGCCUUCCACAAGCUUCCCACAAUAAGUUGGGUGAAUUUUGGCCCAUUCCUCCUGACAGAGCUGGUGUAACUGAAUCAGGUUUGUAGGCCUCCUUGCUCGCACACGCUUUUUCAGUUCUGCCCACAAAUGUUCUAUAGGAUUGAGGUCAGGGCUUUGUGAUGGCCACUCCAAUACCUUGACUUUGUUGUCCUUAAGCCAUUUUGCCACAACUUUGGAAGUAUGCUUGGAGUCAUUGUCCAUUUGGAAGACCCAUUUGCGACCAAGCUUCAGCUUCCUGACUGAUGUCUUGAGAUGUUGCUUCAAUAUAUCCACAUAAUUUUCCUUCCUCAUGAUACCAUCUAUUUUGUGAAGUGCACCAGUCCCUCCUGCAGCAAAGCACCCCCACAGCAUGAUGCUGCCACCCCCGUGCUUCACGGUUGGGAUGGUGUUCUUCGACUUGCAAGAAACCCCCUUUUUCCAACAAACAUAAAGAAUGUCAUUAUGGCCAAACAGUUCUAUUUUUGUUUCAUCAGACCAGAGGACAUUUCUCCAAAAAGUACGAUCUUUGUCCCCAUUUGCAGUUGCAAACCGUAGUCUGGCUUUUUUAUGGCAGUUUUGGAGCAGUGGCUUCUUCCUUGCUGAGCGGCCUUUCAGGUUAUGUCGAUAUAGGACUCGUUUUACUGUGGAUAUAGAUACUUUUGUACCUGUUUCCUCCAGCAUCUUCACAAGGUCCUUUGCUGUUGUUCUGGGACUGAUUUGCACUUUUCGCACCAAAGUACGUUCAUCUCUAGGAGACAGAACGCGUCUCCUUCCUGAGGGGGAUGACGGCUGCGUGGUCCCAUGGUGUUUAUACUUGCGUACUAUUGUUUGUACAGAUGAACGUGGUACCUUCAGGCGUUUGGAAAUUGCUCACAAAGAUGAACCAGACUUGUGGAGGUCUACAAAAAAAAUUCUGAGGUCUUGGCUGAUUUCUUUUGAUUUUCCCAUGAUGUCAAGCAAAGAGGCAUUGAGUUUGAAGGUAGGCCUUGAAAUACAUCCACAGGUACACCUCCAAUUGACUCAAAUUAUGUCAAUUAGAAUAUCAGAAGCUUCUAAAGCCACGACAUCAUUUUCUGGAAUUUUCCAAGCUGUUUAAAGGCACAGUCAACUUAGUGUAUGUAAACUUCUGACCCACUGGAAUUGUGAUACAAUGAAUUAUAAGUGAAAUAAUCUGUCUGUAAACAAUUGUUGGAAUAAUUACUUGUGUCAUGCACAAAGUAGAUGUCCUAACCGACUUGCCAAAACUAUAGUGUGUUAACAAGAAAUUUGUGGAGUGGUUGAAAAACGAGUUUUAAUGACUCCAACCUAAGUGUAUGUAAACUUCCGACUUCAACUGUAAAAACACAAGACUAUAAUAACCUUUUGGUUAGUCUUUUUCUAAAAUGUUUUAUGAGUUGAAGAACACAUUGAGAGGGAUCUUAGACCAUUCCUCCAUACAGAAUCCUUCCAUAUCCUUGUAUAUCCUCGUCUGCGCUUUUGGACUGCCCUAUUCAAUUCAAACCACAGGUUUGCAAUGGGUAUCAAGUCCGGGGACUGAGAUGGCCAUUGCAAAAUGUUGAUUUUGUGGCCAAUUAACCAUUUUUUGUGGAUUUUGAUGUGUGCUUGGGGUUAUUGUCUUACUGGAAGAUCCACUUGCGGCCAAGUGUCAGCCUCCUGGCAGAGGCAACCAGGUUUUUGGCUAAAAAGUAAAGUUCAUGAUGCCGUUGACCUUAACCCAGGCCCCAGGACCAGGGGAAGCAAAAUAGCCCCAUAACAUCAAGGUCCACCACCAUAUUUUACAGUAGGAAUGUUUUUUUUCUUCUGCUUCUGCAUUAUCAUUUCGACGCCAAACCCACCACUGGUGUGCGUGGCCAAAUAGCACUAUUUUCAUGUCAUCUGACCAAAGCACAGGUUCCAAUCCAAGUGUCAAUGCUGUUUAGCAAACUCCAGGCGUUAACAUUUGUUGGAUGACAUGAAAAUAGAGCUCUUCUUGGCGUUGAAAUGAGAAUGCAUUUUACUUUCUAUGACUGUGACAAGUGGUUGUCGUACCUCAAUGCACAAACACUCAGUCUGCUAAAUGACUAAAAUGUCAAAUAUACAAAUGUACAUAUUUUUUCAUUUUGACUGGUCAGCUCCUGCAAGGGGAAUCAAGCUAUUCUAUUUUUACAGACUAAAAUGAUGUAUACUAUGAUGCUUAUCUAAGAUCAGUUUUUUCCCUUUAGAUCAUGAUGAAUAAGAGUAUAUGGACAGAUCCUAGAUCAGCACUUCUACUCUGAGAUGAUUUGUGGAUACAGGCCCAGGUCAAGAUGGCAGUGUUCAGUCUUCCUUUUAUUUUUGCUGACCAUUCACUUUGAUCUCCAUCAUCUGCUCAUUUGAUCAUAAUUUUUUAUUCAUUUGGUAGGACAGUACUAUUGGGUUGGUUUAAACCUAGUCCUGGACUCGAGCAUUCGAAAUGGAUAAUCUUCAUUGGAAGCGCUCUUAAAUCCAGGACUAGGCUUGAUCUGUGUCUGGGAACCUGGUCCGCUGGAUUGAAUUAAGCCCUUAUCAUGUUGAUGGUUUCUCUAGCAAUGCAACAGGCUUCCAUGAACCUGACAGAGUCCCUACAUGAAGUCUACGAGCCGGACUGGCAUGGGAAGGAUGAUGUCUUGAGCAUCGGGAAGGUGAGCACCACAUGCCUACAUUUCUUCUUCUUUCAUUCUCAUGUCCCUCUGUUCUUUCAGUCUUUUGUUCAUUGUAGGCACACUUGAUUGAUUGAGUUUCUGGUCUGGUUCACUCAGAAGUCAUGGUUCUCUCUGGGUUUUCAUACCUGUAUGUCAGUCAUCUAUAGUGUGGGAGGCAUGAUCACUUAUCAGUAUUUAUGAUUUUGCUUUAGUCUGAAAUAAAUCAUCUUAGCCUAAAUUCUUUCUUAAUUUUUUUUAUCUCCAUUAGCUGAAGCCAUAGCAAUCGCUAUAGUCUUGUGGUCCAUAAUUAUAUAUAUACAGUCACUCUCCUUUCAUAUAUUUUUAUGCUUUAUUGACAAAAAUAUUAGAAACAGUGGGAGAUGGAGAUGCAGUGAGAAGUGAGUACAAAGGGAUUGAACCCCAGUCUCAAGCAGAAAGUUGCAUAUGUGCAUGGAACCAGGAGUGUUACCACUGGACCACGGCUCCACACACUGUGGUCCAUAAUUAUCUAAAAUGGCAGAGAAUACAUACUGUAUGUGAGCAUGUUUCUAUCUCGGCCAAGCAUACAUAGGCAGCAUACAUAGUGAAUACAUAGACAGCAUACACAGAGAAUACAUAGACAGCAUACACAGAGCAUACAUAUACAGCAUACAUAGAGCAUACUAGACACUGACCCAUUUCCUAAACUGAGUCAAGUCAAGAGCACUGUGACAGUAUCCAUCAAUAUUGAUCAUGGUAGGAAUAAAUUAUAGUUUUGGAAUCAAAUAAAACCAGCAGUUUUAAAGAUCUUUGGCUUUAUUGAAAGUAGUAAAGAGAUAUGAUACCAACUGAAUGAAUUUCUGCAAUAUUUAAAGUGGAACUGACAGUGUUUUAGCAACAUGAAAUCAUAUUAAAAUCUGGAAGAAUAUGACAUCUUUUUAUUUUUUUACAUUUUCUGACAAGCGAGCACUUACAGUCAUUUUCACGUUUCCAUAAAUUCAUAGAAUGUUUAGGAAUGUGAACAUUCUAUAGCAAUAUACAGUGGGAAAGCGGCCAUGCCUUUGGAUAAUUAAUAGACACUGCAGUAAAUAAAACCUAAUAAAAACAUCUGUCUUGUCCAGGACCGGAGUCUACGCAGACCGGUGCACCAUAGCCAAUUAGAGCUACAGUAGGCCUAUAUGCAAAUAAGCCAUUUGCCACACGGGGCUGCCAUCAUUCACUUUGAACUGGACUCAGUUUUUACAGGCAAUAGCAACAGCGCGACUUUAGAUCAUUAGAACGCAUUCGCCAAAAGCCACAAAAUACACAUGAAUGGAUUUCUGCUAAAAUGUAAAUACCACGGGAGUCCUCUUACAUUUGGGAACUUCACAGUCCUAUUGAUCAAACAACCAUGAAAAGGUAGGCUAUCUCUCCCUCAUUUGCCUAUGCAAAUCAACAACAACAAGAUCAACAACUAAAGCUAGCCAGAGCGAGAUAAGCUAAACUCUAACGAGGGAACAUUAGAUAAACCCUCUCAAACUUUUUAAGCUUGUUGGCCAUCAAAAUUGCUAGCUAGCAAAGUAAUUCACAUUUCUUGCUAGCUAACCAAAUGACACCUGCAUCUUUAACUGUAGCCACCGAAAAACGAUAUGAGGGGAAAAGGUCGGUCACUCACCCACUCCUCCAAUGGCAUGACAUCCUCGCAGCAGCUAGCUAGCUAGCUAACGACCCAAACUGGUAAUUGUUUUAUUAGAAGAAAUAUGGCCCUUUAUAAUGUCCACUUAUGUACAUAGGAAGCUGUAUAUAGCGUUUUAACAUAUUAAAACAAAAGAAUAGAUAAAUAAUAUUUGUCCAGCCUUUCCUGCUAUGCUUGCAGAUGUGCAUAAUACACUACACAGUAUAUACAAAAGUAUGUGGAUACCCCUUCAAAUUAGUGGAUUCGGCUAUUUCAGCCACACCCAUUGCUGACAGGUGUAUAAAAUCGAGUACACAGCCAUGCAAUCUCCAUAGCGAAACAUUGGCAGUAAAAUGGCCUUACUGAAGGGCUCAGUGACCUUUCCAACAAGUCAGUUCGUCAAAUUUCUGCCCUUCUAGAGCUGCCCCAGUCUACUGUAAGUGCUGUUAUUGUGAAGUGGAAACAUCUAGAAGCAACAACGGCUCAGCCGCGAAGUGGUAGGCCACACAAGCUCGCAGAACGGGACCGCCGAGAGUUGAAGCUCGUAGCUUGUAAAAAUUGUCUGUCCUCGGUUGCAACCCUCACUACCGAGUUCCAAACUGCCUCUGGAAGCAACGUUAGCACAAUAACUGUUCGUCGGGAGCCUCAUGAAAUGGGUUUCCAUGGCCGAGCAGCCACACACAAGCCUAAGAUCAGCAUGUGCAAUGCCAAGUGUCGGCUGGUGUGGUGUAAAGCUCACCGCCACUCUGUAGCAGUGGAAACAUGUUGUCUGAAGUGAUUAAUCACGCUUCACCAUCUGGCAGUCCGACGGACGAAUCCGGGUUUGGCGGAUGCCAGGAGAACACCAUCUGCCCGAAAGCAUAGUGCCAACUGUAAAGUUUGGUGGAGGAAGAAUAAUGGUCUGGGGCUGUUUUCAUGGUGAAGGGAAAUCUUACAGCAUACAAUGACAUUCUAGACGAUUCUGUGCUUCCAACUUUGUGGCAACAGUUUGGGGAAGGCCCUUUCCUGUUUCAGCAUGACAAUGCCCUCCUUGUACAAAGCGAGCUCCAUACAGAAAAGGUUUGUCGAUCGGUGUGGAAGAACUUCACUGGCCUGCACAAAGCCCUGACCUCAACCCUAUCAAACUUUGGGAUGAAUUGGAACGCCGUCUGCGAGCCAGGCCUAAUCGCCCAACAUCCGUGCCCGACCUCACUAGUGCUCUUGUGGCUGAAGGGAAGCAAGUUCCCACAGCAAUGUUCCAACAUCUAGUGGAAAGCCUUCCCAGAAGAGUGGAGGCUGUUAUAGCAGCAAAGGAGGGACCAACUCCAUAUUAAUGCCCAUGAUUUAGGAAUGAGAUGUUCGACGAGCAGGUGUCCACAUACUUUUGGUCAUGUAUUGUAUGCUGCGACCCUAAUCAAAAAGUAUUUAAUAACUCCAAAUCACAAAAACGUAGCUAUAGGUUUGUUGUAACAUUUAAACUUAAAACAUGUUUUUCUUUUUUUUGCACUGCACCAGUGCGGUUGAAUGCAGCAUUGCUGUAUGGUGAAUUCAAAAUGUAUUGUAGUUGAGUAGCCAGCCUAGGCUACUGUUCAAAUGUUGCUGCAAUAUGCCUACAUGUUUCUCCUUUGCAUGGUGUUUUGUUUCAGGUUUAGCUAGCCUAUUAGCCACGUUAUGACUGACUUGUGGUCAUUGCCCUUGCUAGUUUGAUUGUAUUGACAUUCCCAGCCUUAGUUACAGUCGUCCAUAAAAAAAAAAAAAUUGAGUCAUUGAAACUGAAACAGUGCAUCCUGAAUGGGUGGAGGCAGCAAACAAUGUACCUGGAGUGUAAACUGUCAUGGACAAAACAUGUUGACGCAACAGUAGCUAAGAUGGGGAGAAGUCUGUCCGUAAUAAAGCACUGCUCUGCCUUCUUAACAACACUAUCAAAUAGGCAGGUCCUACAGCCCUAGUUUUGUCGCACCUGGACUACUGUCGAGUCGUGUGGUCAGGUACCACAAAGAGAGAACAGGGCAGCACGGCUGGCCCUUAAAUGUACACGGAGAGCUAAAAUUAAUAAUAUGCAUGUCAAUCUCUCAUGGCUCAAAGUAGAGAGAUUGAUUUCAUCACUACUAGUUUUUGUAAGAAGUAUUGACAUGCGGACACCCAUGCAUACCCCACUAGAAAUGCCACCAGAGAUCUCUUCACAAUCCCAAUGUCCAGAACAGAAUAUGGGAGGCGCACAGUACUACAUAGAGCCAUGGCUACAUGGAACUCUAUUCCAAAUCAGGUAACUGAUGCAAGUAGUAUAAUUAUAUAUAUUUUUUAAACAGAUACAAAUACAGUGGGGAAAAAAAGUAUUUAGUCAGCCACCAAUUGUGCAAGUUCUCCCACUUAAAAAGAUGAGAGAGGCCUGUAAUUUUCCUCAUAGGUACACGUCAACUAUGACAGACAAAAUGAGGAAAUAAAAUCCAGAAAAUCACAUUGUAGGAUUUCUUAUGUAUUUAUUUGCAAAUUAUGGUGGAAAAUAAGUAUUUGGUCAAUAACAAAAGUUUCUAAAUACUUUGUUAUAUACCCUUUGUUGGCAAUGACACAGGUCAAACGUUUUCUGUAAGUCUUCACAAGGUUUUCACACACUGUUGCUGGUAUUUUGGCCCAUUCCUCCAUGCAGAUCUCCUCUAGAGCAGUGAUAUUUUGGGGCUGUCGCUGGGCAACACAGACUUUCAACUCCCUCCAAAGAUUUUCUAUGGGGUUGAGAUCUGGAGACUGGCUAGGCCACUCCAGGACCUUGAAAUGCUUCUUACGAAGCCACUCAUUCUUUGCCCGGGCGGUGUGUUUGGGAUCAUUGUCAUGCUGAAAGACCCAGCCACGUUUCAUCUUCAAUGCCCUUGCUGAUGGAAGGAGGUUUUCACUCAAAAUCUCACGAUACAUGGCCCCAUUCAUUCUUUCAUUUACACGGAUCAGUCGUCCUGGUCCCUUUGCAGAAAAACAGCCCCAAAGCAUGAUGUUUCCACCCCCAUGCAUCACAGUAGGUAUGGAUGCAACUCAGCAUUCUUUAUCCUCCAAACACGACAAGUUGAGUUUUUACCAAAAAGUUAUAUUUUGGUUUCAUCUGACCAUAUGACAUUCUCCCAAUCCUCUUCUGGAUCAUCCAAAUGCACUCUAGCAAACUUCAGAUGGGCCUGGACAUGUACUGGCUUAAGCAGGGGGACACGUCUGCACUGCAGGAUUUGAGUCCCUGGCGGCGUAGUGUGUUACUGAUGGUAGGCUUUGUUACUUUGGUCCCAGCUCUCUGCAGGUCAUUCACUAGGUCCCCCCGUGUGGUUCUGGGAUUUUUGCUCACCGUUCUUGUGAUCAUUUUGACCCCACGGGGUGAGAUCUUGCGUGGCGCCCCAGAUCGAGGGAGAUUAUCAGUGGUCUUGUAUGUCUUCCAUUUCCUAAUAAUUGCUCCCACAGUUGAUUUAUUCAAACCAAGCUGCUUACCUAUUGCAGAUUCAGUCUUCCCAGCCUGGUGCAGGUCUACAAUUUUGUUUCUGGUGUCCUUUGACAGCUCUUUGGUCUUGGCCAUAGUGGAGUUUGUAGUGUGACUGUUUGAGGUUGUGGACAGGUGACUUUUAUACUGAUAACAAGUUCAAACAGGUGCCAUUAAUACAGGUAACGAGUGGAGGACAGAGGAGCCUCUUAAAGAAGAAGUUACAGGUCUGUGAGAGCCAGAAAUCUUGCUUGUUUGUAGGUGACCAAAUACUUAUUUUCCACCAUCAUUUGCAAUUAAAUUCAUAAAAAAUCCUACAAUGUGAUUUUCUGGAUUUUUUUUCCUCAAUUUGUCUGUCAUAGUUGACGUGUACCUAUGAUGAAAAUUACAGGCCUCUCUCAUAUUUUUAAGUGGGAGAACUUGCACAAUUGGUGGCUGACUAAAUACUUUUUUUCCCCACUGUAGGCCUAUGGGCUAGGCUACAUGAGGCGUGCGACUAUGAUUAGAAAAAGACGAGGGGGAAAAAAGCAUUGUUUCUUAUGCUGGGCAUCAUUCACAAGUGAUAAUAUAUCAUUCACAAGUGAUAGGCUAAUAUUGUCACCCAUCAGACUUUUCUUGAUUUAAUCUUGUCUUUACAUAUACUAAAUAACAGAUGUGAAAAUUGUUUUGAUUUAGAAUGAUCCAUUAUCAUGCACCUGAAAUAGCGAAUGGAGGAUGCUUUUCCGUGGUUAAUUUUCAUGUCAGCCAGGUAGGAUAUAGUCCUGUUGUAAAGAUAAUGUGAUGGAUCAGCUUGUCCAAAAUACCCUAACACAGGCGGGAGGCAUGAAAUGAACAGACCGGAGGCAGUGGUUGUGGUUCCUUUGCUUUUGUAAUGUCAAUAAACAAGUUUUCUUUCACCCGACACAACAGUGAGGGGGGGGAAAUGAAGAAAAAAUAAACAAAGCAGUUGACCUAAAGGCCGUGGCCAACAGGGAAAACCUAACAACAAAAGGCUUCACCUGUCUUUAGACUAUCGUCUGCACAUAACAUUUACAGGGGGAACGCUUCUCUCUACCUAUAGCCUGACUUGCUUAACCGAGAGCCAAGGUUCAUCAGAAGAAGUGUUCUCUGAGAUAGGAGAGUACGAUGUCCUCACAGGUCCCUGUAUAUGCUCCCAGCCCCGAGCUCAUCUCCUGGAACACCUUUAUAGAGGGAGACACAAAGCAAUUAGUGGACCCAGCCGUUUACUAAUUGGCUUUACACUGAGUACCUAUCCCCUGAGGAGGGUGCUGUCGUGUCGUCUUCGGCCGGCCGGUCACUGAACUCUCGCAAUGUGCUUAAUAUUAGGAAAGUUGAGAAAUAAAUAUAGUAGGCCUAGCCUAUAGAAAGCUGAUGGGAUCCUCCUCUUUUUAAUGGAGGCCAUCACUCUGUUUUCUCACGCAAUUGCAUAGCCUAUAGAAAUGUUGCGCAACAUGAGCUCAUGGGCUCUCAUGAAGUGUUUGUUUAGAUUUUCGUUUACAUUUGCAUUGAUGUCAGAGUGAUUAGAGGGACAAUAGAGUGCUGAGUACCAGGCAGUUAGCAAGUUUGGUAGGCUACUAAUGACCAUCCGUAGCAUCAGAGCUUGGAGAAGCCUAAUUACCGUGACUAAACGGUCACGUGGAAUUUGACUGCCUUCAUGACUCGUGACCGCCGGUGUGGCGGUAAUAUGGUCACCGCAACAGCCCUAGGUGUGAAUACUUUCUGAAGGCACUGUAUGUUAAUUAAUCUCACUCACAUCUGUUGCAGGAAGAACAUCAUGUAGGUAGCAUCCACCUUUUCAUUUACCCCCUUCAUCACUGUGUAAACAAAAACCUAAUUAAAAUGUAAUUCUCUCCUGAGUCCUCUGUGCCAAAGGUUUUCUCUAUCACAUGGAUACAAUCACUGCAGCAGAGGUAACUCUGGGUCUUCCAUUCCUGUGGCGGUCCUCAUGAGAGGCAGUUUCAUCAUAGCGCUUGAUGGUUUUUGCAACUGCACUUGAAGAAACUUACAAAGUUCUUGAAAUUUUCCGUGUUGACUGACCUUCAUGUCUUAAAGUAAUGAUGGACUGUCGUUUCUCUUUGCUUAUUUGAGCUGUUCUUCCCAUAAUAUGGACUUGGUCUUUUAAUAAUAAUAUGCCAUUUAGCAGACGCUUUUAUCCAAAGCGACUUACAGUCAUGUGUGCAUACAUGUUUACGUAUGGCUGGUCCCGGGGAUCGAACCCACUACCCUGGCGUUACAAGCGCCAUGCUCUACCAAUUGAGCUACAAAGGACCACAACAUAAGACAGAUCAGACAAAAUAUGACAUAGGGUACACAACAGGGCACUGCGAUCGCUAUGGAUGAGAUCAGCGUUGCAUUAUUAGUCAUCACAGACAUCAGUAGUUCACAUAAAUCAUCAUCAUUUCUUAACCACAACACUUUAAUACUACCACUUGAGAGAGCCAUACUAAUUAAGGGAGGAGAUGCAGUUGAUGUCUAAAUAAUGGUGAGGGGAGUAGCUUCCUUACUUUUACCAAAUAGGGCUGUCUUCUGUAUACCUUGUCAAAACACAACUGAUUGGCUCAAACGCAUUAAGAAGGAAAGAAAUUGUGUGCAAAGGGUGGCUAUUUGAAGAAUCUCAAAUAUAAAAUAUAUUUUGAUUUGUUUAACACUUUUUUGAUUACUACAUGCUUCCAUAUAUGUUAUUUCAUUGUUUUGAUGUCUUCACUAUUAUUAUACAAUGUAGAAAAUAGUAAAAAUAAAGAAAAACCCUGGAAUGAGUAGGUGUUCUAAAGCUUUUGACUGGUAGUGUAGGUAGACAUAGGUACUGUAUAUUACACCAUAUGACUCUGAUUUUAACCACCUGUUCUCCUCUUGUUCAGCAUCUGGCUAACUGAAAUGUUUCUCUGUGUUUCUCCUUUAGAACUGUGAUGUCUUAUGGGAGGACUUCCAUCAGAAGCUGGUUGAUUCAUCACUUAUCACACUGGACACGUACCUGCAACAGUUCCCCGACCUCAAGGUACAGUAUACUGCAUGAACAACAGUUUAGCCUUGGCUCUGUCGCCACAGAAACUAAUAGCAGUCCUUGUGUCAAAAUUUGAGUUGACGCUUGCCUUUAACCAACUCAAUAAUAUUGUUUUUUUUCACUUAUGUAUCCAAAUAGUUUAUAGUACAGCACUAUUUGUAAUAAAUUAGCUAUUUGGUGAGAAGUUUGACUAGGAAAGUGCCCUUGUAAAAUAAUUGGUUCAUCUCUUCCGGCAUAUUCUUAAUAUGCUCACGGUCUCAAAGACUUGAAGAGAUUUCAGGCUUUUGUCCCUGUGGCUCAGAGUGCGUCCCAAAUGGCACCCUAUUCCCUAUAUUGCGCACUACUUUUGACCAGGGCCCAAUGGGCCGUGGUCAGAAGUAAUGCACUAUAAAGGGAAUAGGGUGCCAUUUGGGACGCAGCCUCAGAAAGGUUGACACCUUUAUGCUUGGAACUUUUGCUCAGGGGAAGGACUUUGUAUACUAUUGUAUUGUAUUAAAGGCCGGUCUGUGUGGUACUUUGCUAACUCCAUGUACUCUAUUCACCAUCAGAUCCGUGUGGCGAAAAGAAGCAGAAAGCUAAUUGACUACGACAGUGCACGGCACCAUCUCGAGACCAUUCAGGCAGUGGUCAAUAGAAGUGAUCGGAAGGUCUCCAAGGUAAGACCUAUGCAGUAAUACAACAAUGUGCUAUUCUGUCCGCCUUUACCAUUGUAGUGAAGAAUGAUAGAGAAACACAACCCUUUUACUAAAACGUAAAUACCUCAUAUGCUAUAAUAGUUCACCUUUCCAAUAGUUUUGUGAUGUAAACCCAACAAACAGACUAGAGCCGUUUAACAACAACCUAGUCUCCAACCAUAAUUGAAAAGUGGGUGGUCAUUAACAUACUGUACGUUAUGUCAUUCUUAUGGCAGUCUUAUAAGAGCAUCAUGACAGUACACUACAAGUAAAGUACUGUGUAUCAAGUGUAAAAGAGAAUCCUUGUGCAAAGCAGUUCAUCUUCAAGGUGCUGGUUUUGGCAGGAAAGAGAUAUGUUAAUAUUUCCCCCCUCGUUAUGUAUUUCUCUCUUCAGGCAGAGGAUGAGUUGAAAAAAGCCCAGAAGGUGUUUGAUGAGCUCAAUGUUGAUCUACAGGACGAGCUACCAACUCUCUGGGACAGGUAAACUAAUAUCAACACCUGAGUCACAUUCACUAGGCACCAAACGGAAAAAAAUGGGCCGACCAUGGAGAGGGGCUACCUGAUUUGUCCAAUAAGAAACGCUUGUUUUUGUUUUCCGUUGCAAAACGAUUUGGUACGGUGUGCGCUAAUUAAUAUGACCCUAAUUAAAACUGUCAUAGAUAAACCAAUGUUGUGGUAUUUACGCUGUAGCGCCUCUUCCCAUGGUCAAUUACAAAUCAAAAUGAAUGGUUUCGGGUACUGUAAAUUUUUUAAAAAAAAGAUAUAAUACAGUACUAUUAUGAGGUCAAUCAAUCAAAUGUAUUUAUUUUACAUUUUAGUCAUUUAGCAGACGCUCUUAUCCAGAGCGACUUACAGUUAGUGAGUGCAUACAUUAUUUUUGUAUUUUAUUUAAUUUUUUCAAACCCACAACCCUGGCGUUGCAAACACCAUGCUCUACCAACUGAGCUACAUCCCUGCCGGCCAUUCCCUCCCCUACCCUGGAUGACGCUAGGCCAAUUGUGCGCCGCCCCAUGGGUCUCCCGGUCGCGGCCGGCUACGACAGAGCCUGGAUUCGAACCAGGAUCUCUAGUGGCACAGCUAGCACUGCGAUGCAGUGCCUUAGACCACUGCGCCACCUUUUUGCAUCAGCAGAUGUCACAAAGUGCUUAUACAGAAACCCAGCCUCAAACCCCAAAGAGCAAGCAAUUUAGAUGUAGAAGCACGGGUAUAGGUAUACUCCUGUUACAGUUAGCUGCUUCCUGUUUUCAAUUAUGAGAAGUGUGUGCGUGAUGCAGUAGUUUUUUUUCUAGGGGUUAGAUCAGCUUUAAUAUUGCAGAUAGAUUGUGGGUUCUAUCAAUGUAGUUAUUUGCAUAAUUUCCAACCGCCAUUUUUCUUUCUUAUUUUGUAAUAUAUUUUCCUUUCUUAUUUUCCGCUAACCCUACAUCCCCUCCCCUAAUUGGAGUAAACUAUGCAGUAGUUUGUAAAACAAAGAAUGGGCGUAGACUUCACUACAAUGGGUUCUGCUUGAAUUUCGUCUUUUCAGCAUUAUCAUUGACUUUACUACAUGUUAAUUCCUUCUUAAUUGCAAGUUACUAACUGAUUAAUUAUAUUGAUGUUCCAAUUACUGCAUUCAUAUAAUAAUAUAUGCCAUAUUGAUUUUAUGCAAGAUGCAUGCAUGCAUACAGUGCCUUGCAAAAGUAUUCAUCCCCCUUGGCGUUUUUCCUAUUUUGUUGCAUUACAACCUGUAAUUUAAAUGGAUUUUUAUUUGGAUUUCAUGUAAUGGACAUACAUAAAAUACUCCAAAUUGGUGAAGUGAAAUGAAAAUAAUAACUUGUUUCAAAAAAUUCGAAAAAAUUAAUAACGGAAAAGUGGUGGUGCAACCAAUUACCUUCAGUUACAUAAUUAGUUAAAUAAAUAAAGUCCACCUGUGUGCAAUCUAAGUGUCACAUGAUCUGUCACAUGAUCUCAGUGUAUAUAUACACCUGUUCUGAAAGUCCCCAGAGUCUGCAACACCACUAAGCAAGGGGCACCACCAAGCAAGCGGCACCAUGAAAACCAAGGAGAUCUCCAAACAGGUCAGGGACAAAGUUGUGGAGAAAUACAGGUCAGGGUUGGGUUAUAAAAAAAAUAUCUGAAACUUUGAACAUCCCAUGGAGCAUCAUUAAAUCCAUUAUUAAAAACUGGAAAGAAUAUGGCACCACAACAAACCUGCCAAGAGAGGGUCGCCCACCAAAACUCAUGAACCAGGCAAGGAGGGCAUUAAUCAGAGGCAACAAAGAGACCAAAGAUAACCCUGAAGGAGCUGCAAAGCUCCACAGCGGAGAUUGGAGUAUCUGUCUAUAGGACCACUUUAAGCCGUACACUCCACAGAGCUGGGCUUUACGGAAGAGUGGCCAGAAAAAAGCCAUUGCUUAAUGAAAAAAAUAAGCAAACACGUUUGGUGUUCGCCAAAAGCCAUGUGGGAGACUCCCCAAACAUAUGGAACAAGGUACUCUGGUCAGAUGAGACUAAAAUUGAGCUUUUUGGCCAUCAAGGAAAAUGCCUGGCGCAAACCCAACACCUCUCAUCACCCAGAGAACACCAUUCCCACAGUGAAGCAUGGUGGUGGCAGCAUCAUGCAGUGGGGAUGUUUUUCAUCGGCAGGGACUGGGAAACUGGUCAGAAUUGAAGGAAUGAUGGAUGCCGUUAAAUACAGGGAAAUUAUUGAGGGAAACCUGUUUCAGUCUUCCAGAGAUCUGAGACUGGGACGGAGGUUCACCUUCCAGCAGGACAAUGACCCUAAGCAUACUGCUAAAGCAACACUCGUGUGGUUUAAGGGGAAACAUUUACAUGUCUUGGAAUGGCCUAGUCUAAGCCCAGACCUCAAUCCAAUUGAGAAUCUGUGGUAUGACUUAAAGAUUGCUCUACACCAGCGGAACCCAUCCAACUUGAAGGAGUUGGAGCAGUUUUGCCUUGAAGAAUGGGCAAAAAUCCCAUUGGCUAGAUGUGCCAAGCUUAUAGAGACAUACCCCAAGAGACUUGCAGCAGUAAUUGUGGCUCUACGAAGUAUUGACUUUGGGGGGGGGGGGGGGGGGGGUGAAUAGUUAUGCACGCUCAAGUUUUCUGUUUUUUUGUCUUAUUGUGAAACAAACAAGAAAAAAAUAUUUUGCAUCUUCAAAGUGAAAAUAUCAGAUAUAGUUAUUGGCACAGACUUUCCACAUCAGUGCAUCCCUAUCUAAGUAAAACCAGAUAGAAAGUAUGUAGAAAUGACAAUGGACCUAUAAUAUUUUAAAAUAACUGCCUUUCUUCUGGCCCACAAAUUGCUUUCAACAACAAAAGAAAAUGGUUUGUCCCUCCGUUUAAAUUAUUUCCCACCCCUGUUCUAAGUGGUGAUGUAAAGACCUUUACUAGUGAAGGGCAUUUUAAUUAUUUUCAGUAAGCCUUUUCAUUCUGCUUCGUUCACCUAAAAGAGCCGGUAGCCAUGAUGUUGUUAAAUAGACAUGGGGGGGGGGGGGGGCCUCAGACUGGCCUCUGCCUGGGGCCUAUAAAUCACAAAGUCCGCCCCUGUGUGUGUGUUUGUGUGUGUGUGUGUGUGUGUGUGUGUGUGCCAUCUUGAGCACUGGCUGCUCACUGGAGAGGAAUGCUUGCAGCCGUGGUUACGUAAUCUGUCCAAUCAGAGGCAUCCUCUCUCUGCAAUGCCCUCUAGCACCGCUCUACUCGUGGAUAGGAAUUGCGGUACUUUUUAUUUUUAGCCCUAUCAUAGUUAUAAUGACAGUCAUCCUUUUGUGAAAAAAUCUGCAUUAACAGCUGAGCUACAGUAUAUGUGUUCAGGAUAUGUGUCAGAAUCAAUUCAACCCCUGUGUGUGUGUGUGUGUGUGUGUGUGUGUGUGUGUGUGUGUGUGUGUGUGUGUGUGUGUGUGUGUGUGUGUGUGUGUGUGUGUGUGUGUGUGUGUGUGUGUGUGUGUGUGUGUGUGUGUGUGUGUGAAUGAAUGACCACAUGUCUCCUACAUGCAUCAUUGCAAAAUGACAAGAGUAUAGAGCAGUGCUAGAGGGCAUUGCAGAGAGAGGAUCCUCACAAGGGCAACACAAUGUUUGCUGUACACUUUGGUUUAGCAGUUUCUGAAAUUCGCACUUAUUGCUUAUAUGUUCAGAAGAAAGAUGUGCUAUGAGUUCACCUGAAUAGCAGCAAUAGAUCACAAUUUACAAUACGUAUCUAACAUUUUGCAAACUGGUUGGUAAACAAUGUAUCAAUCAAUACAAUUUAUUUUAUAAAGCCCUUUUUACAUCAGCAGUUGUCACAAAGUGCUUUACAGAUACCCAGCCUCAAAUCCCAAAGAGCUAGCAAUGUAGAGGUAGAAGCACAGUGGCCAGGAAACUCCCUAGAAGGCAAUAACCAUGUAUAGGGACUAUAGUUAAACAGCGUUUUGUAUCUCUGACCACCAGUUUGAUAUGGUUUUAAUUUUUUUGAAAAGUGGUAUGAAAAGUAUAUUGUUAUGGUAAACUGUUCAUUCCAAUGUACGGAAUUCAUAAGUCUAACAGCAUUAGCCUUAUAGCUAAGGCUGUCAAUUCAUAAAUUACUUCCAUAAUUUUAGGGCUUUAAAGAAGAUGUUUGUUGGUGAAAAGACAGCACAAUGGUAACUGAUGUGUUUUCCCCCUUCAAGCCGAGUCGGAUUCUACGUGAACACAUUCAAGAACGUGACGAACCUGGAGGCCAAAUUCCAUCGGGAAAUCUCUGUGGUAAGUUAAAAAAUAGAAAUACUCAAGGCUAUUUGCUUUAUGCGCUGGGUGGUGUUUUUGAAGGUUGAGUCUCUUUCUUCUGACAUUGCAUUAACACAAGGGAUAAAGUACAGUUCAGUAUGAUGAUGUACCAUGUACCAUCUAUGCCUAGUGUAUCCAAACACAUAUAUCUUUUUUUAAAGUUCAUUUUAGACAGAAGAGAGCUGGGAGACAGAUAGAGGGAACGUAGUGUGAAGACCGGUGGAGCCGGGAUUCCAUCCCACGCAGGCAGGAGAUUGCAUACAUGCUCAGUUAGGCAGCCUUAACCGCUUGACCAACCUCAAGCACCAGAUGGUGAAGAUGAGCGAGUAUCUGAAAUUCUUGUUAUCCAAAAACAUCCUCAGCGCUCUUUACUUCUAUAGCCUAAUUGUGGACUUACAUCAUAUCACAUUAGCCUUGAUCAUAUAGCCAAUUUUUUUCACUAAGACAUACACUAAGUUACUAAUUCAACAAUUUAUUAAAAUGUAAAUGGACAAAUAGUCAACUGAUGGCUGAUUCAAGGAGCAUGAAAAUUACAGCUCACGAUGAUAAUGUGGAAUUGAAAAUGUCAAUACACAAGACGUUUAGAUGUCUACUUGAGCAGCAUAUAUUUUUUGUAAAAUGUAGAAAUAUUUACCUAGAAAUAAAGGGUUUAUAGUAAGGUUUUGCUGCACAUAACACUUUUGUAGUGGAAAAUCCUUUCAUAUCAAAUAUGGGCUGAAAACCUAGCAUUAUAGCUUCAAAUUUGCUCCUCCAGUUUCGGUAAUAACACCUCUCUAUUUCACCUCUCUUCCUGUCGGUGAUCGAGUGAAACAUUAUAAUGUAGGCCUUCCUCUUUCCUUCAGAAAUGCUAGUCAAUCAUAAUUUGGAGAGAUGUUUGUUUGUGUGUGGGAAAUAUCAGCGGUGAGGCAAGUCUGUGAACCAGAACUUCUCAGCUCUCAAUUUCUCUGGUUUGCCAUUGAAGGUUGAAUUCUGAACAUAGUCAUAGACCUUCAGAAUACCAACGUGAACAUGUUACUAAGGCAAGUCAGGAGAAUGCUGGGAGAGUGAGUGACAGAAACUGCCAGCGCCAUUAUCCUUAACCUUUGAUAAAUCACCUGAAAUAUACAUGCCAGUACUGUGUUGGACUGAAUAUACAACUCUGGCAGCCUGUGUCUUCUGAUGAAUACUGGUUCAGGGGUCCACAGCCAUCUGUGUUUGGCUCAAUGCCAUUUCAACUCCGUUAAGGAAGUGCACUGAAAUUGAAUUUAUAAACGAGGAAAAUACCCAUCAAAUUAUGAUGUUUUCAAUUAAUGAAUUCCAUUUUUAUUUCACUUCCUGAAAUAACUUUAGGCCAGCACAUGAUUCGCUCACACUUACCCACUUAAACCUUAUUAUCCUGUCUUCAAAGGUACUGCAUUUCCAACUAGCAGGGACAGCACUGUUAUGUGACAUUGUAAUUGUCUUACUGAGGUCUAGGGAAAUGACUACAGUAACUACCAUAUAUUAGGCCUAUUGUAUUGUAUUGGCUGUCAGCAGUAUUACUGGUGAAUAUCAAGGUAAUCCCUAAACUAUAGCCUCUCGCGAUUCCUAGCCUGGCUACUACUCCCCAUCGCUCCAGGCCAAACAUGAGGGCCUAUAUAGUGCACUACGUUUGACCAGAGCCCUAUGGUGCACUUUAUAGGAAUAGGGAGCCAUUUAGGACACUGCCAUGGUGUCACGAUAUGAUUGGUUUAGGGACACCAGUGAUUUGAGUCUUGUAAGUAUUCUGAACAUCUGUUCUGAAAUUGAGCCUAAAUGGUCAGGUAGGAAAGGGAUUGUUUUUGGCCGUUGAUGAAGAGAAGGCUGUUUGACUUGUUUUAGGCUUGUUCUCAUUCAGAUCACACCAUCUGCGUCGUUUAUGGACAGAAACGGAGUGGCCAUAGGGCAGUUCUGGCAAAUGCCAGAUUAGCUGGUCCAUCUUUAGCCCAGUGGGCCUGUCUAAAGUGGAGUUGCUGUGCAGAAUAAUAAUAAUUUGUCUAAUAAUCGGGGCCUCAAAGGACAAAAUGGACCGAUGUGUUAGAAAUGCCCGGGCAGAUUUCUGGUCCUUGCCCGACCCAGAGAGAAAGCUUUAUGUUCAGACUUGUUUUAGGCAUGUUCUCCUUCAGAUCACACCAUCUACAUCCUUCAUGGAUGCCUGGCUGGAAGGUGUGUUGGUACAAAGAAUGCCCCCUCAGACAGCAGGGUCUCAAUAAAGAACAGAGGACAGAUGUGAAAGCAGCAGUCAGUAGACCGAGGGCACAACUCAUUUAAACCUGUGGUGCGGUUUUUAUGCAGAACCCUAUUAAUGUUUUUUCCUGGGGUCAAUUGUUUUGUAUCGUGUGUGUGUGUCCUGACAUCUUUAUCCGUCCAAGUUCAACAUUUGGUUCUAGACUGCCCUCUGCAGGGAAAAGUAUAAAUUGUGCCUCAUUUAUUCAUUUUUCAUUUAUUUCAGGGUUUAGGUCAAUUUAACCUAACAUACCAGACGUACAAAAAGAAACGCUUGAGAUGGCGUUUCUUUCUUUCUAAUCCUUUUGCACCGUUCAACCAAUCCAGUAAAUGUGGAGAAGGAGUUAAGAUGGAGUGUCGCCUUGUUAACAUGCAAAAGCGGAUGUCGCGUCACAGGCUCUCUUUCCAUUUACGCUGAAGACUGGAUGCAUUUGGUUGUUUCCGACCCGCUGAGGUUGGGGUCAAUUCAAUUGAAAGGCAGUCAAUUCAGGAAGAAAAUGUUUAUUACAAUUGAAUAAUUUUUUUUUAUAUACAGUAUAUAAUUUUAAAUAAACUGAAAAGUAGAAGCUAUUUAUUUCUAAAGUUUUUCCAUUUCUGAAUUGUACAUUCAAAUCACUUCCUGAAUUGACUACCUUCAAUUGGAAUUGACCCCAACCCUGAUAUAUUUUUAUUUAUUUAAUUGAUCAUUUAUUUUAAAGUACUCUCGGACACCCAGCGAGCACCUGCGAAAUCGUGAUUUGUCCAAAUGAUCAGUGAAUAAAAAUCAGCGUACUGGAACAAAGUUCCUCUUUAGUCGUGGCAUCUGUCUGUCGACAGAUGCUACUGCAAAUUAUGUUAGGCCUAUGAUUGAGAAUGGCGCCGGAGGGGAUGGCUGCCGUUUUACGGACUCCUAACCAAUUGUGCUAUUUUGUGUGUUUCUUGGCGUUGUUUGUAACUUAUUUUGUACAUAAUAUUUCUGCCACUGUCUCUAAUGACCGAUAACAGCUUCUGGAUAUCAGAACAGCGAUAACUCACCUCAAACUGGACAAAUCGUUUUUCUUUAACAAGUCGGACGUGAAGGAUUUACUGCUGCUCCCGGACCAGGCCCAAAUCCCCGUCAUUCACAUGAAGAGGAGACGCCGAUACAGGGGAUGCAGAUCUGACUGCCUUGUGAGAAUUCGGCGGAAAGUGGGUAACCCGCCUCUACCCUCCGUCCUAUUGGCCAACGUGCAAUCAUUGGAGAAUAAACUGGAUGAGGUCCAUUCGAGAUUAUCCUACCAACGGGACAUUAAAAACUGUAAUUUCUUAUGUUUCACUGAGUCGUGGCUGAACGACGACAUGUAUAAUACAGUUGGCUGGGUUUUUCAUGCAUUGGAAAGACAGAACAGCUACCUUCUCAGUUCUACCCUAAGAGAAGGGGUGGUGGUUUGUGUCUAUUUGUCAAUAACAGCUGGUGCGUGAAAUCUAAUAUUAAAGAAGUCUUGAGGUUUUGCUCGCCUGAGGUAGAGUACCUCACAUGAUAAACUGUAGACCACACUAUCUGUCUAUUUACUCCCACAAAGCGAUGCUGGCACUAAGACCGCACUCAACGAGCUGUAUAAGGCCAUAAGGAAACAAGAAAAUGCUCAUCCAGAGGCUGUGCUCCUAGUGGCCAGGGACUUUAAUGCAGGAAAACUUAAAUCUGUUUUACCUCAUUUCUACCAGCAUGUCACGUGCAACCAGAGGGAAAAAAACUCUAGACCACCUUUACUCCACACACAGAGACGAGUACAUACCGCCCCAACAUAAUUCUAUCCUGAUUCCUGCUUAAAAUAAAAAAACUAAAGCAGGAAGUACCAGCGACUCGCUCAAAACGGAAGUGGUCAGAUGACGCCGAUGCUAAGCUACAGGACUGUUUUGAUAGCACAGUAUGGAAUAUGUUCUGGGAUUCAUCCGAUGGCAUUGAGGAGUAUACCACAUCCGUCACUGAUUUCAUCAAUAAGUGCAUCGAUGACGUCGUCCCCACAGUGACCGUACGUACAUACAACAACCAGAAGCAAUGGAUUACAGGAAACAGCCGCACUGAGCUAAAGGGUAGAGCUGCCGUUUUCAAGGAGCGGGACACUAACCCAGAUGCUUAUAAGAAAUCCUGCUAUGCCCUCCGAUGAACCAUCAAACAGGCAAAGCGUCAAUACAGGACUAAGAUUGAAACCUACUACACCGGCUCUGACGCUCGUCGGAUGUGGCAGGGCUUGCAAACUAUUACGGACUACAAAGGGAGGCCCAGCCAUGAGUUGCCCAGUGACACGAGCCUACCAGACGAGCUAAAUGACAUAUGCGCGCUUUGAGGCAAGCAACACUGAAGCAUGCAUGAGAGCACCAGGACGUGUACUCCGCGUAUGCGCUGACCAACUGGCAAGUGUAUUCACUGACAUUUUCAAGUCUGUAAUACCUACAUUUUUCAAGCAGACCACCAUAGUCCCUGUGCCCAAGAACGCCAAGGUAACCUGCCUAAAUGACUACCGACCCGUAGCACUCACGUCUGUAGCCAUGAAGUGCUUUGAAAGGCUGGUAAUGGCUCACAUCAACACCAUCAUCCCAGAAACCCUAGACCCACUCCAAUUCGCAUACCGCCCCAACAGAUCCACAGAUGACGCAAUCUCAAUUGCACUCCACACUGCCCUUUCCCACCUGGAAAAAAGGAACACCUACGUGAGAAUGCUGUUCAUUGACUACAGCUCAGUGUUCAACACCAUAGUGCCCUCAAAGCUCAUAACUAAGCUAAGGACCCUGGGACUGAACACCUCCCUCUGCAACUGGAUCCUGGACUUCCUGACGGGCCGACCCCAGGUGGUAACGGUAGGCAACAACACAUCUGCCACGCUGAUCCUCAACACAGGGGCCCCUCGGGUGCAUGCUCAGUCCCCUCCUGGACACCCUGUUCACCCACAACUGCAUGGCCAAGCACGACUCCAACACCAUCAUUACGUUUUUCGACGACACAACGGUGGUAGGCCUGAUCACCGACAAUGAUGAGACAGCCGAUAGGGAGGAGGUCAGAGACAACAACCUCUCCCUCAACAUGAUCAAGACAAAGGAGCUGAUCGUGGACCAUUCACAUCGACAUGACUGUAGUGGAGCAGGUCGAGAGCUUCAAGUUCACUGGGAUCCACAUCACCAACAAACGAUCAUGUUCCAAACACACCAAGACCGCUGUGACGAGGGCACGACAACUCCUAUUCCCCCUCAGGAGACUGAAAAGAUUUGGCAUGGGUCCUCAGAUCCUCAAAACGGUCUACAGCUGCACCAUCGAGAGCAUCCUGACUGGUUGCAUCACCGCCUGGUAUGGCAACUGCUUGGCAUCCGACCGCAAGGUGCUACAGAGGGUAGUGCGUACAGCCCAGUACAUCACUGGGGCCAUGCUUCCUGCCAUCCAGGACCUCUAUACCAGGCGGUGUGAGAGGAAGGCCCUAAAAAUAGUCAAAUACUCCAGCCACUCUAGUCAUAGACUGUUCUCUCUGCUACCGCACGGACAGACUUUAUUUUACUGGCUGUUGUUUAUGAUUGGACUGAAUGGGACAGGGAAGGAACAAGGCAACAUGGUGGAAUUGGUGCACUUUGACAAACAAAGUAGUAUUUCACUAUCGGUAACUGGCCACCCUUAUAUAAAUUAUAUUGAUAUGGUAUUGAGAUACGUGUGAGGCCCCUGCUAACAUGUAAUGAAAGGAGGGGGAUUUUAUAACUUGAACACUUGUCUCUCUCUUUUGGCUGUUGUAGCUCUGUAAGCAGCUGUAUGAAGUGAUGACCAAGCUGGGAGAGCAACACUCGGACAAAAUGUUCACCAUACAAGGAGCGCCCAGGUGAGCAGUUUCUAUAUGUCAGCUUUAAUAUUGCAGAUAGAUUGUGGGUUCUAUCAAUGUAAUUGUCUGCAUAAUUUCCAAUCUCCCACAUAUUUUUUCUCUUAAAAAAAAUAUAUAUUUUCCUUCUUUAUUAUUUUACCCUAAUCCUACCACCCCUCCCCUAAUUGGAGUAAACUAAUGGACAACAAUACUUAGGUUUCUACUUCCAGCUUAUACAUACUAUACUGAACAAAAAUAUAAACGCAACAUGCAACAAUUUGACUAAGUUACAGUUCGUCCUACAUCAGGGCAAGGGCUGCUGCUGUUGUAGUGCAUGUGGGAUCAAAUUGUAUCAAAAAGGGUCAAUCAGAGCUAAUGAAACAGGAUUUUAAUGAGCUGUUUAACACCCUAAAAGGCUCUGAAAAGCAGCCGAUCGCGGCUGCCGGGUCGCGGCUGCCGGGUCACGGCUGCCGGGUCACGGCUGCGAAAGGUUCAGCAGGCUCUUAUCACUUCAUAUCUAGCGUAAAGACUAGUGCCACUUUGUUGGCAUAACUUUUAUUGACAAUUUCGACACUUUUUGGAAACAAAAGAUGCUCUACAGGGAUGAUGGACUCCACCCAAACCAUCUAUGAGCCUGAACCCUCUCUUCACAUUUCAAGGCCGCAUUUAGAUAUUGACUCAGAGACAGACCAAGCCCCGCUCAGGUAAUACCUUCGAUCCUCUCUAAGCGUUAUCGUCGUACUGUUGUCUAUACUUCUAGGGGUGUUGUCAGUUGUAAUCUUGUACCCAUUCGUCUGCUAUUGUUAGCUCAAAAGAGGAGCCCACUGUGGCCUGCUCACCCAGUGAUUUUAGUUAAUAUGUGAGUUCCAUCAACUUGAAUAACCCCUCGGUUUUCAAAUCACAUAGAGGGCUUGGGCUGUUGCAGGAUAGCAACCAAAGCCCAUAUAAGUCAGUUUAUAACAUUCCAUCAUUGGUUACUCUGAGAGUUCCUCAAAUUGACAUUGGCUGUGGCCUCAGGCCCUAUGGUGCUAACCUUGGAAAAGUAAUUCCAAUUUCUUCCUCUAUUACUAAUAUGGAUAGACCAAAUGGUGCAGUUCAAUGCAAUCUUAUAGCCAUACCAACUAUAUCAAUAUCAACCAUCAGACAGGGCCCACAACUGCAAAUUGAACAUAGCUUAUUUGAGUUGGAGUUUCCACGUGACUUUAAAAUUUGCAAAGGCCUUGGGUUGAUGUAUCUGAAUAUUAGGAGCUUACUUCCUAAACUGGAUUAUAUUAAGAUCUGGGUUAUGCAGACAAAUCCGGACAUUCUCGUAUUCACAUUUACGUCAUUUAGCAGACGCUCUUAUCCAGAGCGACUUACAGUUAGUGAAUACAUAUUUUUUUUUAUACUGGCCCCCCGUGGGAAACGAACCCACAACCCUGGCGUUGCAAACGCCAUGCUCUAUCAACUGAGCUACAUCCCUGCCGGCCAUUCCCUCCCCUACCCUGGACGACGCUGGGCCAAUUGUGCGCCGCCCAUGAGUCUCCCGGUCGUGGCCGGCGGCGACAGAGCCUGGAUUCGAACCAGGAUCUCUAGUGGCACAGUUAGCACUGCGAUGCAGUGCCUUAGACCACUGCGCCACUCAGGAGUACGACUGAAACUUGGAUCUCUUGGGCCAUUCUGGACUCUGAUAUUAAUAUUGAGGGCUAUCAUUUGUUCAGAGCUGACAGACAGGGUAGAGGGGGUGCAGUGGCCAUUUUAAUUAAAAAUAAUUUCUCUGUCUCUUUACUGAAAUCCAUUUCCCUUGCCAAAGAAUUUGUGCUACUGUCCUUAAGCCUUUGUCUGGGGAAAGAUUUAUCAAAAACUGUCUACCAUCCUCCCUCGGCUAACUUUUGCACUCAAGGAGUUAACUCGUUUGUUGCCUUCUUUUACUAAAUCAGAAGUUAUUAUCCUGGGCGACCUAAAUUAUGAUUGGGAAAUGCAGGCAAUCUAAGAAACGUGUAAUGAUCUAAACCUAACCGGCUCAACCCUAAAGAUCCUUCAAAGUCAACUCUGAUUGAUCUUAUUUUAACGAAUACACCAGAGAAAUAUGUGUCUUCGCCCAAUAUAUUAGUGACCAUUGCCCAGUUGUUUAUGUUAGAGAUGUGAGGACACAAUAAUCUAAGCAUCGCGUCAUCACAAAGAAGAACUUAAAAAACUUAAGUGAACAGGCAUUUUUACACAAUCUUUAUUUUAGUGACCUUAAUUGUAUUUCAGCUAUCCCUGAACCUGAUUUAGCUUUAAACCUCUUUGCUGAUGUCUUCAAUACUAUUGGGGAUAAUCAUGCUCCGUUAAAAAAAUUAAGGGUUUGAAGGAAGAUCGAAUGCCUGGUACACUCCGGAAUUAUCAGAAGUCAUUCAAGAAAGAGAUGAUGCUUGGGUCAAGGCCAGGAAUGCAGGCUUAGGCCUGGGCUGGCAAGCUUUUAAGCAACUAAGGAAUCAUUGUGUAAAAAAAAUCAGAAAGGCUAAAUCUGAUUAUUAUGUCAUCGCUCUUUCAGAUUGCAAUGGAAACUUGGCUAAAUUCUGGAAAACUGUCAAAUCCCUGAAGGGUUCUACUUCCUCCUCUCUCCCACAACAAAUUAAUUCAGACACUGGCCUCAUUACAGAAAAAAAUGCCAUCAUUGAUGCAUUUAAUCACCAUUUUAUUUCAGCGAGUUAUCUCUUUGAAAUAACUUUUAAGACUAUUCACAAUGAUAUUGGGCUGGAUGCUGAUAUGGGAAACUUGCUGAAUGAUCAGAGAAAUUAUAGUCAAAGCUUUUCUUUUAGGCUAUUUGUGACCGACCACCUCGAUUCGGUCUUAUGUAGCAACAUUUUGAAUGGUGUUUUUUACAUUGGAUAAAGGUAAAGACUCAGAGCUACAAAAGGGUAGAUCAUACACUGCAGUUGAGGAACAAUGGGAAAGUAAUUCUGCUUUGAAAGUUGAUAAACUUUAACCCCACUUUUGAGAAAAUGGCCCUUGUUUUGGUAAGCCUACUGUAGAGCUCUUCUUUGUCUACACCCAUUCAGCAUCAUUCACACCCUCUUAAACCUUAGCCCCACCCAUCUCUUUAAGGAUUCACAUGUGAGUCCAUGUGCUAAACAAGGUGUAGUAAACAACCAAAGAUUUCAAUACUAAAAGUGGUGAAAGUAGUAGCCUACAAUAAGGAAAAAACUCCAGGUAAAGAUACACUAUCUAGUCUCAAGAAGGCCAGUUUUAUUGCUUCUUUAAUCAGCACAACAGUUUUCAGCUGUGCUAACAUAAUUGCAAAAGGGUUUUCUAAUGAUCAAUUAGCCCUUUAAAAUUAUAAACUUGGAUUAGCAAACACAACGUGCCAUUGGAACACAGGACUGAUGGUUGCUGAUAAUGGGCCUCUGUACGCCUAGGUAGAUAUUCCAUUAAAAAUCAGCCGUUUCCAGCUACAAUAGCCAUUUACAACAUUAACAAUGUCUACACUGUAUUUCUGAUCGUUUUGAUGUUAUUUUAAUGGACAAAAAUAUUUGCUUUUCUUUCGAAAACAAGGACAUUUCUAAGUGACCCCAAACUUUUGAACAGGGGUGUACGUUCAAAUGACUCUCCUGUGAAAUAGUGAAAUAGUGACAUGCGAUAUAGGCCUAGCUUCUUGAAACUAGUAACAUUUACAGACAAAUAAGUCCUGGAUGCUUUGCUAGCAAUACACAACAAGAAAUCCACAGGAGCCAACCAAUUGGAUCCUAGUCUGCUUAAGUGUGCAGCUCCUAUCCUUGUUGGCUCAAUAACCCAAAUGUAUUAAUUAUCAGGAAAUAUUCCAAAAGAUAGCAGUGAUCUUAUUCAUUAUCACCUCAUUUCAAGGCUUCCUUGUCUAGCUAAGAUUCUCGAAUCCUUGGUAAAUGUACAACUUUGCUCUUUUUUAUCUGAGAAAUGCAUUGGAAACCCAUCAGGGUUUAGACCUGGGCAUAGCACUAUUACAGCAACCACUUUAGUUAUUAAUGAUCUUGUCAAUGCUUUAGACACUAAAACGAAAUGUGCAGCUUUGUUUGUGGACUUCUCAAAAGCUUUUUAUACUGUCGAUCAUGCUAUUUUAUUGAAUAAGUUGUCCUCGAUAGGCCUGAGCUCUGUCACCUGUUCAUGGUUUCAUGAUUAUCUUAGUGACAGAACUUAGGCCGUCGUGAUUGAUGGGGUUAAGUCUGAAUUUCUUGAAGUGCAUAAACCUGUUCUCUUCACUCUUUAUAUAAACACCAUUGGUCAAUCUGUAAAGAAUUGUAAACUUAAUCUAUAUGCGGAUGAUCCUAUUAUGUAUGCUAUUGCCCCGACUGUUGAUCUGGCUGUGUCAAAACCACAGUCAGAUUUUAUAGCUAUGCAGGAAUCCCUUGCUGAUUUAAAACUUGGGCUUAAUACGGGCAAAACGGAAUUCAUGUUGUUUUUAAACUCUCAUGAGAAUGUUUCAGAUGAAUUACAUGUUCACUCAAUAGAUGGUUCUCCAAUCGAACUUGUUCCCGCAUAUAAAUACUUAGGCAUUUGGAUUUAUAUGGAUUUGACAUACGUUUCUGUCUCACAUGUGCAACAUUUAAAUGUAUUUUAAUUAAACCUUUCAAAUUAACUAAAUAGCUGCUUUCUAUGUGUCUAUCUGGGGACUGCGAGUUAGAGCAUAAUUACAUAAAUAGCAUAUCAUAUCCCAGUUUAAUCCCAGCGUUUGCACACUCAUCAUUGUGCACGUUUCACAUUUAAUUUAAAUGACAAUAAUAGUUUUCCCCCCCUCACAUCACAAAUAUAGACAAGCCGUAUUCCUUGAGUUAGCCUUUCUCCUGUUGGCGCAUGUGUAAAUGAGGUUAAAAAAUAUAUAUAUCUUAAUUGUUUAAUCCUCUUUACCUCAGUGAUUCAGGACCUUUGAGACUCUCUCGGGCCCCCUCGCCACCGGACAGCGACAGCGACGAGAGCCCAGCGGCCACUCCUAACCACAUGCUGGCACCUGCCUCUCCCGGCCCGCCCCGGCCCAAAUCUCCUUCAGGCCAGGUAUGCCUUACCCCAAUACAAUCCUAUUAACAGCCACAGGAAUCUCCUACUUCAGUCCUGGAUGCAGGCAUUUGUUCCACCCUAGCACUAACACACCUGGUUCAGCUAAUCACAGCCUUUAUGAUUGGCUGAUUAGUUGAAUCAGGUGUGUUUUCCAUCGGCUAGAACAAAAAAGUCCACCCCUGUGGGUAACAUGCUCUAACCAAACGCAUGUAGCGCCAGUCCAAAGUAUUUCAGUAUACUGUAUGAUGCUCUAGUCUACUCAGUUGUACACUAUCCAUGUACAAUUACACUCCACCGCGUGUGUUCCUUUGACGUAUGCUAACCAACCACCUGUUCAGUAGUUUAUGUGAAUUUCCAGCUAAUUCUGGUUCAACAAGAGAUAAUUCAUUUUAAAGUGAAACUAAUCAAUGAUUGCCUGUUUAUUUGAGAAUCCGAUUUUUUUAACCCACUGUAGUUGUAGAGGCAGUUUGUGAUUGAUUGUAUUGACUUGUUAUGGCUCUAUUUCUUCCACGCACACUUUAUGUAUUGUUAUAAUGGUGAGUAAUAAUAUCUAAUGUGGUGUCACAUUCGUUUUUAAACACCAGGGUAGUGGUAUGACUAGACCCAGAGUAGUGUUAGAUUUAGGUCGCAAUGUGUUGAUAGUUAUGAAAGUACAGUAUGUGUGUGUGUGUGUGUGUGUGUGUGUGUUCAUGCGUGCCUUUGCAUGUGAACCGAAGAGGAGUAUCUUAAUAAACCAAAACACACUACCCCACCCAAAUCUCCCUAUAGGAACCCAAAACCCAUAGCACAUUUUCAUCUAUAGAUUUUUGUUUCCCAAAUGGAAGACUCAAAUACACUUGUUGUCUUGGAUGCCAACAAUAUUGUUGUUCUUGGAUGCCAACAUGGAGGUACAGUGCCUUCGGAAAGAAUUCAGACUGCUUGACUUUUUCCACAUUUUGUUACAUUACAGCCUUAUUCUAAAAUGGAUCAAAUAAAAAACAAUCCUGAGCGAUCUACACACAAUACCACACAAUAACAGAAACAUAAAUACCUUAUUUAAAUAAGUAUUCAGACCCUUUGCUAUGAGACUUACAAUUGAGCUCAAGUGCAUCCUGUUUCCAUUGAUUAUCCUUGAGAUGUUUCUACAACUUGAUUGGAGUCCACCUGUGGUAAAUUCAAUUGAUUGGACGUGAUUUGGAAAGUCACACACCUGUCUAUAUAAGGUCCCACAGUUGACAGCGCAUGUCAGAGCAAAAACCAAGCCAUGAAGUCGAAGGAAUUGUCCGUAGAGCUCCGAGGGAGGAUUGUGUCGAGGCACAGAUCUGGGGAAGGUUACCAAAAAAUGUCUGCAUCAUUGAAGAUCCCCAAGAACACAGUGGCCUCCAUCAUUCUUAAAUGGAAGAAGUUUGGAACCACCAAGACUCUUCCUAGAGAUGGCCGCCCAUCCAAACUGUGCAAUCGGAGGAGAAGGGCCUUGGUCCAAGAACGCGAUGGUCUCUCUGAAUGAGCUCCAGAGUUCCUCUGUGGAAAUGGGAGAACCUUCCAGAAGGACAACCAUCUCUGCAGCACUCCACCAAUCAGGCCUUUAUGGAAGAGUGGCCAGACAGAAGCCACUCCUCAGUAAAAGGCACAUGUUUGCCAAAAGGCACCUAAAAACUCUCAGACCAUGAGAAACAAGAUUCUCUGGUCUGAUGAAACCAAGAUUGAACUCUUUGGCCUGAAUGCCAUGUGUCACGUCUGGAGGAAACCUGACACCAUCCCUACGGUGAAGCAUGGUGGUGGCAGCAUCAUGCUGUGGGGAUGUUUUUUAGCGGCAAGGACUGGGAGACUAGUCAGGAUCGAGGCAAAGAUGAACGGAGCAAAGUACAGAGAGAUCCUUGAUGAAAACCUGCUCCAGAGCGCUCAGGACCUCAGAUUGGGGCGAUGGUUCACCUUCCAACAGGACAACGACCCUAAGCACACAGCCAAGACAACGCAGGAGUGGCUUCGGGACAAGUCUCUGAAUGUCCUUGAGUGGCCCAGCCAGAGCCAGGACUUGAACCAGAUCGAACAUCUCUGGAGAGACUUGAAAAAAGCUGUGCAGCAACGCACCCCAUCCAACCUGACAGAGCUUGAGAGGAUCUGCGGAGAAGAAUGAGAGAAACUCCCCAAAUACAGGUGUGCCAAGCUUGUAGUGUCAUACCCAAGAAGGCUCGAUUCUGUAAUCGCUGCCAAAGGUGCUUCAACAAAGUCCUGAGUAAAGGGUCUGAAUACUUAUGUAAAUGUGAUAUUUCCGGGUUUUUUUUAUUUAUAAAUUAGCAAACAUUUCUAAAAACCUGUUUUCACUUUGUCAUUAUGGGGUAUUGUGUGUAGAUUGAUGAGGGGGAAAAAAACAAUUUAAUCAAUUUUAGAAUAAGGCUGUAAUGUAACAAAAAGUCAAAAAAGUCAAGGGGUCUGAAUACUUACCGAAUUGCCUUCGGAAAGUAUUCAGACCCCUUGACUUUUUCCAACACUAAUGCUUCUGGCACCCUUCUCCACCUCCCCAGUUCAAAAAGGGACCGCCGGUGCCCCCGCCACCCAAGACCCCGACCAAGGAUCUGCACCAGGAGCAGAUAAUCGACCUGUUUGGGGGCCAGUUCUUACCUGCGGCUACGCCCUCGCAGGUCAGUCACAUCCUGGGUCCUAUUUGACCAUUUUAACAAGGGAUUCUUAUGCCCUCCUUUCCUUGGACAUGCAUUGACAUGAUUGAAUUGGUGAAAGCUAUGUAGUGGAACUAUCUGUCUAGAUGACCCUAGAGAGAGCGUUUUCAUCACAAUCCAGGGCCCGGUUUCCUGAUAGCGAUGGAACUUAGUCUUACGAGUGUUUUAACGAUGCAUCUUUCCUGCAAUGGACAAAGACGUAACAUGCAUUUCCCAAAACACCACGCAGAGAGAACGUUCGCUAAGUGCGUCAUUGACGCAUACAGUGUGGGAAAAAAGUAUUUGAUCCCCUGCUGAUUUUGUACGUUUGCCCACUGACAAAGACAUGAUCAGUCUAUAAUUUUAAUGGUAGGUUUAUUUGAACAGUGAGAGACAGAAUAACAACAACAAAUUCCAGAAAAACGCAUUUCAAAAAUGUUAUAAAUUGAUUUGCAUUUUAAUGAGGGAAAUAAGUACAGUGGGGAAAAAAGUAUUUAGUUAGUCUCCUAUUGUGCAAGUUCUCCCACUUAAAAAGAUGAGAGAGGCCUGUAAUUUUCAUCAUAGGUACACGUAUACUAUGACAGACAAAUUGAGAAAAAAAAUUCCAGAAAAUUGUAGGAUUUUCAAUGAAUUUAUUUGCAAAUUAUGGUGGAAAAUAAGUAUUUGGUCAAUAACAAAAGUUUCUCAAUACUUUGUUAUAUACCCUUUGUUGGCAAUGACACAGGUCAAACGUUUUCUGUAAGUCUUCACAAGGUUUUCACACACUGUUGCUGUUAUUUUGGCCCAUUCCUCCAUGCAGAUCUCCUCUAGAGCAGUGAUGUUUUGGGGCUGUCGCUGGGCAAAACAGACUUUCAACUCCCUCCAAAGAUUUUCUAUGGGGUUGAGAUCUGGAGACUGGCUAGGACCUUGAAAAUGCUUCUUACGAAGCCACUCCUUCGUUGCCCGGGCGGUGUGUUUGGGAUCAUUGUCAUGCUGAAAGACCCAGCCACGUUUCAUCUUCAAUGCCCUUGCUGAUGGAAGGAGGUUUUCACUCAAAAUCUCACGAUACAUGGCCCCAUUCAUUCUUUCCUUUACACGGAUCAGUCGUCCUGGUCCCUUUGCAGAAAAACAGCCCCAAAGCAUGAUGUUUCCACCCCCAUGCUUCACAGUAGGUAUGGUGUUCUUUGGAUGCAACUCAGCAUUCUUUGUCCUCCAAACACGACGAGUUGAGUUUUUACCAAAAAGUUCUAUUUUGGUUUCAUCUGACCAUAUGACAUUCUCCCAAUCCUCUUCUGGAUCAUCCAAAUGCACUCUAGCAAACUUCAGACGGGCCUGGACAUGUACUGGCUUAAGCAGGGGAACACGUCUGGCACUGCAGGAUUUGAGUCCCUGGCGGCGUAGUGUGUUACUGAUGGUAGGCUUUGUUACUUUGGUCCCAGCUCUCUGCAGGUCAUUCAAUAGGUCCCCCCGUGUGGUUCUGGGAUUUUUGCUCACCGUUCUUGUGAUCAUUUUGACCCCACGGGGUGAGAUCUUGCGUGGAGCCCCAGAUCGAGGGAGAUUAUCAGUGGUCUUGUAUGUCUUCCAUUUCCUAAUAAUUGCUCCCACAGUUGAUUUCUUCAAACCAAGCUGCUUACCUAUUGCAGAUUCAGUCUUCCCAGCCUGGUGCAGGUCUACAAUUUUGUUUCUGGUGUCCUUUGACAGCUCUUUGGUCUUGGCCAUAGUGGAGUUUGGAGUGUGACUGUUUGAGGUUGUGGACAGGUGUCUUUUAUACUGAUAACAAGUUCAAACAGGUGCCAUUAAUACAGGUAACGAGUGGAGGACAGAGGAGCCUCUUAAAGAAGAAGUUACAGGUCUGUGAGAGCCAGAAUUCUUGCUUGUUUGUAGGUGACCAAAUACUUAUUUUCCACCUUAAUUUGCAAAUAAAUUCAUAAAAAAUCCUACAAUGUGAUUUUCUGGAAAAAAAAUCUCAAUUUGUCUGUCAUAGUUGACGUGUACCUAUGAUGAAAAUUACAGGCAUCUCUCAUCUUUUUAAGUGGGAGAACUUGCACAAUUGGUGGCUGACUAAAUACUUUUUUCCCCCACUGUAUUUGACCCCCUCUCAAUCAGAAAGAUUUCUGGCUCCCAGGUGUCUUUUAUACAGGUAACGAGCUGAGAUUAGGAGCACACUCUUAAAGGGAGUGCUCCUAAUCACAGCUUGUUACCUGUAUAAAAUACACCUGUCCACAGAAGCAAUCAAUCAGAUUCCAAACUCUCCACCAUGGCCAAGACCAAAGAGCUCUCCAAGGAUGUCAGGGACAAGAUUGUAGACCUACACACAAGGCUGGAAUGGGCUACAAGACCAUCGCCAAGCAGCUUGGUGAGAAGGUGACAACAGUUGGUGCGAUUAUUCGCAAAUGGAAGAAACACAAAAUAACUGUCAAUCUCCCUCGGCCUGGGGCUCCAUGCAAGAUCUCACCUCGUGGAGUUGCAAUGAUCAUGAGAACGGUGAGGAAUCAGCCCAGAACUACACAGGAGGAUCUUGUCAAUGAUCUCAAGGCAGCUGGGACCAUAGUCACCAAGAAAACAAUUGGUAACACACUACGCCGUGAAGGACUGAAAUCCUGCAGCGCCCGCAAGGUCCCCCUGCUCAAGAAAGCACAUAUACAGGGCUGUCUGAAGUUUGCCAAGGAACAUCUGAAUGAUUCAGAGGAGAACUGGGUGAAAGUGUUGUGGUCAGAUGAGACCAAAAUCGAGCUCUUUGGCAUCAACUCCACUUGCCGUGUUUGGAGGAGGAGGAAUGCUGCCUAUGACCCCAAGAACACCAUCCCCACCGUCAAACAUGGAGGUGGAAACAUUAUGCUUUGGGGGUGUUUUUCUGCUAAGGGGACAGGACAACUUCACCGCAUCAAAGGGACGAUGGACGGGGCCAUGUACCGUCAAAUCUUGGGUGAGAACCUCCUUCCCUCAGCCAGGGCAUUGAAAAUGGGUCGUGGAUUGGUAUUCCAGCAUGACAAUGACCCAAAACACACGGCCAAGGCAACAAAGGAGUGGCUCAAGAAGAAGCACAUUAAGGUCCUGGAGUGGCCUAGCCAGUCUCCAGAACUUAAUCCCGUAGAAAAUAUGUGGAGGGAGCUGAAGGUUCGAGUUGCCAAACGUCAGGCUCGAAGCCUUAAUGACUUGGAGAAGAUCUGCAAAGAGGAGUGGGACAAAAUCCCUCCUGAGAUGUGUGCAAACCUGGUGGCCAACUACAAGAAACGUUUGACCUCUAUGAUUGCCAACAAGGGUUUUGCCACCAAGUACUAAGUCAUGUUUUGCAGAGGGGUCAAAUACUUAUUUCCCUCAUUAAAAUGCAAAUCAAUUUAUAACAUUUUUGAAAUGCGUUUUUCUGGAAUUUGUUGUUGUUAUUCUGUCUCUCACUGUUCAAAUAAACCUACCAUUAAAAUUAUAGACUGAUCAUGUCUUUGUCAGUGGGCAAACGUACAAAAUCAGCAGGGGAUCAAAUACUUUUUUCCCUCACUGUAUAUUUUUCAACUUUCCUAAUAUUAAGCACAUUGCUUAUAUUUACAACAGGAGUAUAGCCUACCUGGCUGGCAUGAAAAUAAACCACGAGGAAAAGCAUCCUCCAUUCGCUAUUUAAGUGCAUAGAUUACAUGUAUUUUUUCCCGCUGCCCAUGUUUCGGGACAGUUGCAUGAUAAUGGUCCAUUCUAAAUCAAAACAAAUUUCACACAUAUAUUAUUUAGUAUAUGUAAAGACAAGAUUAAAUCAAGAAUAGUCUGAUGGUUGACAAUAUUAGCCUAUCACUUGUGAAUUAUAUACAGUGGGGAAAACAAGUAUUUGAUUCACUGCCGAUUUUGCAGGUUUUCCUACUUACAAAGCAUUUAGAGGUCUGUCAUUUUUUAUCAUAGGUACACUUCAACUGUGAGAGACGGAAUCUAAAACAAAAAUCCAGAAAAUCACAUUUGUAUGAUUUUUAAGUAAUUAAUUUGCAUUUUAUUGCAUGACAUAAGUAUUUGAUCACCUACUAACCAGUAAGAAUUCCGGCUCUCACAGACCUGUUAGUUUUUCUUUAAGAAGCCCUCCUGUUCUCCACUCAUUACCUGUAUUAACUGCACCUGUUUGAACUCGUUACCUGUAUAAAGACCUGAGCCAUGUGAGUGUGAGGUGCUUCGGAGGAUGCAGCACUCCGGGCCAAGGGCACAAUGGCCACUGGCUGCAAAAGGCAUGGAUUUUUUUAGGGUGAAUUACGUCCACACAAAGGGGAUGCCGCCAGGAAAUUCGAGGCAUUAGCAAGUGCUUGUCAAAUUGUGAAUGAGAGACUGAUGAAGUGUACAGACUGCGCAAAAAACAAAGCAGAGCUCAUGCCUUUCAAGUGACUUUUUUCAAAUCAUCAUUACAGCCUUACAAUGUAUUAAAAAUCAAAACAUAGCCCAAUGUUUGUAGAACAACUAAAGCUACAUUAAUAAGUCUAAAUUAAGCAUAUAGGAGUACCUAUUUCUUUGUUAACCGCUCAAUACAGAAUAGUAUUGUGCGCACUCCCUCGAAUCGUUUGGAGAAAAUAUCCAUUCUAUUUUAUUCAGCUUUGUAUUGUAUUCUUCAUACUAUAAUAUAAAAUAAUGCCACAGAAUUCUAAGCAAAUAUUGUCUGCUAAAUUAACUAGUGUAGCCCACAGCCAUUUGGCAUAGCCAGAUCAGGACCGAACAAGGACAACUCAGAGUAUGCGAUUCUGUUCUUCUAAAAUAGACUACAUUUUCUUCAUAUCAUGUUUCUUUAGACCUGUCUAAAAUAAAGAAUGGAUUUAUUGUGAAGGUGUAGGCUAUUUUACAUGGAUUUAUUAGACUUUUAAAAAUGUAGAUGUUCCAAAGGUCUGCGUCAGUGGCUUGUAGGCUAUGUGUGGAAUCCAGGAGAUGCUAAAUUAGUUUAUGUUAAUUAACGGUCAAUUACCGUGAGACCGACAGUUAUUUGCUUGACAAUCACCGGCUGACGAAAUUUCGUGACCGCCACAGCCCUAAUUGUAACGCUGACUGCAAGCCAGGCCUAAUCGCCCAACAUCAGUGCCCGACCUCACUAAUGCUCUUGUGGCUGAAUGGAAGCAAGUCCCCGCAGCAAUGUUCCAACAUCUAGUGGAAAGCCUUCCCAGAGGAGUAGAGGCUGUUAUAGCAGCAAAUGGGGGACCAACUCCAUAUUAAUGCCCAUGAUUUUGGAAUUAGAUGUUCGACGAGCAGAUGUCCAUAUACUUUUAGUCAUGUAAUGUAUGUUUAGCGUAGCUCUUCUGUGUAUAAAGUGACGAGGUAGGGAAAAAACGCGUCUAACGACGCACUUAGCUAUUCUACGAGGCUGUCGGUAAAUAACGAGGAUUAUCGAGUGCAACUUUAGUAACUAUGGUUUUGGGAAACAGCUCAAAGAUUUAACGAUGCUCCUACGAAGGUUCUACUGAUGAACUUAGCCUUAAGAUGCUUUUGGGAAACGGGCCCUGAACUGUUCAGUAGACUCCACAACAGACCACGUCAAUAGCCACAAUUGUCUUCUUUUGUGUCUUUAUCUGGCUUUUUCAAAGUAUUCGAACUGAGCACUAAAAUACUCUCCACAACCACCUGAGAUGCAGAGGUGGCCAUUGAGUAUUAUCUCCGCUAGCAUGCCCCGUCAUAGUUCCAUCUAUUACAGUAUUGUUUUUUUCUGGUCCUGGUGGCCACAGUGUUUGCAGGUUUUCCACCGGUGGGAGUGGGAUAUAUUGAACAUUAUUAUUAUAGAGGGGAGGGGUCAAAGGUUUAUUAAGAGAGUGCCGUCAAGAUUACAAAUCCCUUAUAAACUACAAAGGAUACAAAUAACCUGGGGCCAUAUGAAGCGUCUCAAAGUAGGAGUGCUGUUCUAGGAUCAGUUUUGCCUUUGAUAUCACAAGGAAUAAGAUUACAAAGACAGGGAGGAUGAACCUGAUCCUAGAUCAGCACUCCUAUUCUGAGAUGCAUGAUAGAUACGGCUCCUGAUCUCACAUGUUCAGCCUUUCAGUACAGUUGUGUUAGAGAGCUGUUAACUCAACCAACACUUGAAUUCUAUUAUUUGCAGCCAAAUGAAAGACCCGGAGAAUCACUCCUGGAUCUGGACUUUGAUCCAUUCAAGCCUGACGGCAACACCACUAUCGGACAGGCUGCGCCCCCCAUAACACAGGUCAAUUUCUCUCCAUUUUCAUCUAUUAUACUACAAUGCUAUGUUAUCCGUCUUAAAUGUAUCUUAUAUUCAGCUUUAAAUGUUUCUGUACAGUAGAUACUGUAUAUCUCUGUUCUCUCUAGUAAAAUCUGUCCACACCAAUAGAGCACAUAGAGUGCUCUUCAUUCAUAGUGAAUAAUCAUGUGUUUUGUUCUACAGCAGCUACCCUGGGAUUUGUGGACAGUAAGUACAGUAAUAUCCUCCUUGAUUGAUUAAUUGGUUGAAUGAUUGGUUGGUUGAUGGGAUUGAUAACCUUGAUGUAUGAGAUAGUCGUUAGUUAUAAUGCACUAUAAUAAUUUAUAUUAUACCUAGAUAUGUUAGAGAAUCAAGUAUACAUUCCUUUUUAUAAAAUUGACCGGUCGUAGACUUUGAAUUUUGAAAAAUACAAGACUACAACCCAUUUUACAUGUCGCCAUUUAGCACUGAUUCAUUAUUAAAGUGUUUCAAUCAAGUGAAAAAUUCAGAAAAUCCAUUGUGAGCAAACGCUAUCAGUCUAAACAUGUAGGAAUCCUGACCUCUACUAGCUUUGAUCUGCAUGCUCAGUAGACUAAAUAAAAACAAAGUAGCCAUUUUGUGGCUUUUGUUAUGACAAAUGGUUUUUCUCCCAUGCAACAGUAUUUAGGACUACCAAAUAGCAGAUUGCAAGUUAAGUUCCAAGCAAUGAACUUGCCCCUGUCUUAUUCUUCUGCUGCUCCAUGUACAGUUUUAUUACAAUUUGUAUGUGUAACGAUGAAUGAAAGUUAUAUUUAUUUUGGUUCUUAUUGAUUUAAAAAAAACUGCUCUCUUCUACCGGUAGAUGGUUAUCUUAAUUUGCUUGUGAUCUCUUUUACAGUAGUAUACUAUAGAAUCUGACAUUAAAUACAAAUUAUUUCUUCCCAGGGAAAUGCUGAACCUGUGCAGCCUGUAAGUAAUACAUCCACACCUGACUUCCAAAUCACUUUCGGAGAAUAUUUACGUGCCUUGAUUUCUAAUUGUUAAUAUCUAUGACCUCUGGUCGUACCUGUCAUCAAGCCAGUUGUUUGAUACCUGUAUGUUUUUCACACUCUUCAUCACAAUCCAGAACUGUUCACUAGACUUCACCACAGACCACUCCAUUAGCCACAAUCCACAGUCACGAUUGUCUUCUUUUGUGUCUAUGCCUUGUCUUCUUUCUUUACCUCUGUCAAUUAUUUCACUUUCUCUCUAUAUGUCCUUCUCUCAUGAUAAACACUCUCUGUCCUCUCUUUACCUCACCUUCACACACCGGCUUGGUCCUUCCAGACGGAUUCUGAGUCUGUGAGUACUGUGGGUGUGGAGGAGGAUGGGGGUGGCGGUGGCGAGGCCCCGAACGCUGCCAACUUUAACCCUGGGUUCCCCGCAUUCCCCGAGCAGGCGGGAGACCCCAGCUUCUCCACCGACUGGGCUGCUGACUUCAGCUCGGCCCCGGGGAAAGGAGACUCUUUCCCGUCUGCCACCGAGGCGGCAGCCGGCGAGGUUCCAGCGACGACAGGGCAGGACGAGGCCCAAGGCUGGCCUGCAGCGGACGGCUGGGGCGGGGAGGCAGGGGAGGCAACAGCAGCAGAGCAGCCGCAGGGGGCCGAAACGGCCGCAGCUGGAGACGAGGUUAGCGGCUGGGACCCCAACCCCCAACUUACCCCCAACUGUGAUCCUUGUGCAGUGGGGGGCGACCAGCAGGCCCAGCAGGAGCCGGGGCAGGGGCCACCAGAGGCAGGGUCAUGGGGAUGGGAAGCAGGAGAGGCAGGGGAGGCAGAGAAAGGGAAGGCAGGGUCAGGAGAGGGACGGGAGGCAGGGUGGGGAGCAAGUCAGGCAGAUUCAGAGGGAGAUGAGGCAGGUUGGAGAGAUCGUCGCAAAUCCACACCGGGCCUGCGCAUCACCAACGAGCAUGGCCAGGUGAUUGAGGACACCCCUCAAGGCAGCGAGCAUGGCCUGUACCUGGUGCAGCCGGACGGCAAAGGUGGUUUCGACUCAGAAUAUGAGACGAUGGAGGAGUGGGGGGACUCAGCGGGGCAGAACGGAGGCUGGGCCAGCGCUGACGAUGAACUGGACCCUGCCGCAGACCAGGGUCUCGCAGACCAGGGUCUCACAGACCAUAGCACAGCCCAGGGAGGCUUCGCAGACUGGGCUUCAAGUGAUCGGGCCGCCCCCUUGCAAGAGGAGAAGGCUCUGGCAAGCGAUGCAGGGUUCGCAACGGACUGGGCCCAACCAACAGAACAGGCACCAACGCAGUCUGCCGAAACAGGGACAGCAGUCACGGAUCCAACCAGUGUCCCAGAACAGGGCUCAACCGGUGAACCGGUGAUCGAUUUUGGGACCGAUCCUUUUGCAGAGAUCCCUGGGGGAGGUGGCGGGGAAGGUGGUUUUGAGUCUGACCCCUUUGCAGAGACGCCUGGGGGAUUUGCCUCAGAUCCUUUUGCGGAGACUCAUAGGGAAGGCGGGGGAGGUGAUUUUGCGUCUGAUUAUUUUGCGGAAACUCAUGUGGGAGGGGGAUUCGAGUCUGGUCCCUUUGCCGUAAAUCAAGGGGGAGGUGGGGAAGUUAGAUUUGCGACGGAUCCAUUCGCUGAGACGACCGGGGAAGGUGGGGCAGGGUGGGCGGCAGACCCUUUCGCUAACAAUGGUUCAGCCCAGUGGGCAGGUUUCCCCGCUCCCUCCGCAGAGACAGGGGGCGCCACCACCGACAGCGGGUCCUGGCAGGAAGUCAGCGACAGCAGUGGCUUCUUCUCCUCAGGGGGUGACAGCAGCCAGGCAGGGGACCUCUUCGCCUCCUUUCCCGGGCCAGGAAGCGAAGCAGUAGCUAAGGAAGGAGUCGUCCCCCGAGCUCACAAAGAGCCUGAGAACUCGGACCUGUCCGAAGACGAGGUCGCGAACAGGAGAUACGGAAAGUUGUACCAAGAGAUAGAUACAGAGAAGGAAGAGGUACCUGACUUCCUCCCCCCUCUACGUAGAGAGUAGCGUAGAGUAGACUAGAGCAAACAGAAUCCCCUCUUCCUUAUUUUCCCUCCCGCAGAUGUACAAAUAAUAAAAUAAAAAGUGCUGUCCCGCAACCCUACCUGGAUCCUGCAGCGCCACAGAAUCCCAGCCCUCUUCUCCUCUCUCUCCUCUGCUUGCUUGUCUGCUUGUCGGUUCCACUUUGUCAAUUUUAUAAAAAACAUUCCAUCUCUUGCCGCAUAAUUAAAACACAUUUCAAAGCAGUCAUGCCAAAAGCCUCAAAUACUAAUUGUGUGUCUGUGAUUCGAUUUAGGUGACCAACAAUGCAUUUAACGGAUUUCCCCAGGUAAUUAGUCUCGACCGAAUUUGUAUUUCUAUUGUAGUGAUCACAAGAUGAUAUUGAGAAAAGGAUUCAUCACUACCUUGUUAGUUAGAGCAGAUGGUUUGUCAUUAUAAUAACUAAAAUCUAAUAUGGUAGAGGACAGGAUGGAUCAAGUUGGAUCAGUUGCAACAGAACAUUAGGAGGAGAUGUUCCCAUUUUUUGGUUUAAUAUAAUCUCCAUUUGUGUCAGGUAUUUUUUUGUAUUUCCUCCUGUGAAUGGAAUUACUUGUUGAAACUGACCAUAAAUAUUAUACACUAUAUAUACAAAAGUAUGUGGACACCCCUUCAAAUUAGUGGAUUUGGCUAUUUCAGUCACACCCAUUACUGAUAGUUGUAUAAAAUCGAGCACACAGCGAUUCAAUCUCCAUAGACAAACAUUUGCAGUAGAAUGGCCUUACUGAAGAGCUCAGUGACUUUCAACGUGGCUCCAUCAUGCCACCUUUCCAAUAAGUCAGUUCGUCAAAUUUCAGCCCUGCUAGAGCUGCCCCGGUCAACUGUAAAUGCUGUUAUUGUGAAGUGGAAACGUCUAGGAGCAACAACAGUUCAGCCACGAAGUGGUAGGCCACACAAGCUCACAGAACGGAACCGGUGAGUGCUGUAGCAUGUAGCGUGUCAAAAUCGUCUGUCCUCGGUUGCAACACUCACUACCGAGUUCCAAACUGUCUCUGGAAGCAACGUCAGCACAAGAUCUGUUAGACGGGAGCUUCAUGAAAUGGGUUUCCAUGGCCGAGCAGCCGCACGCAAGCAUUGGGGCAGGAUAACGCUACCUGCCCCAAUGCAUAGUGCCAACUGUAAUGUUUGUUGGAGGAGGAAUAAUGGUCUGGGGCUGUUUUUCAUGGUACGGGCUAUUUCCAGUGAAGGGAAAUGUUAACGCUACAGCAUACAAUGACAUUCUAGACGAUUCUGUGCUCCCAACUUUGUGGCAACAGUUUGGGGAAGGCCCUUUCCUGUUUCAGCAUGACAUUGUCCCCAUGCACAAAUCGAUGUCCAUUCAGAAAUGGUUUGCCGAGAUCAGUGUGGAAGAACUUGACUGGCCUGCACAGAGCCUGACCUCAACCCCAUCGAACACCUUUGGGAUGAAUUGGAAUAGCAACUGCGAGCCACGCCUAAUCGCCCAACAUCAGUGCCCGACCUCACUAUUGCUCUUGUGGAUGAAUGGAAGCAAGUCCCCGCAGCAAUGUUCCAAAAGCUAUUGGAUAGCCUUCCCAGAAGAGUGGAGGCUGUUAAAGCAGCAAAGGGGGGACCAUCUCCAUAUUAAUGCCCAUGAUUUUGGAAUGAGAUGUUCGAUGAGCAGGUGUCCACAUACUUUUGGUCAUGUAGCUUACUUACUUGCAGAUUAAUUGAAACAACUGAAGUAUUUAAAUUAGGUAUAAAGUGAAGUUAGGUGAUCGUAGGCCGCAAAAGCUUAUCUCCUGAUGUUGUUCGUGGUUGGGAUUAUUUACGCACGCGUUGUUUAACAAAGUUACUUUAAUAAUACUACCCAAUUUGAGAAAGUAACAAGUUACUUUACUCUGUUACUCAUCAAAAUAAUCUGAUUACGUAACACGUUACUUCUGUAAUGCAUUACCCUCAACACUGGUUUCAAUUGACCCAUAACAUUGAACUUCCAGUUAUAUAAAAAGCAGUUCCUGUUGUGUAUAAAGAAGCCAAAGACUGACUUGAAUAUUAUAUCCAUCAUUAUAUGAAUGUAGGAAGUACAUGGUGUUACAUUUUAAGGAUGUUACAAUAAACUAGAACUAAACUACAGUUUUGUAAACUAACCAGGUAUGUAGUGGUAAAACAAAAGUUGGGUAAACUUAUGCUAACAACAAUAAUGUAGUUGGACAAACUUGCUAAUAUAGUGUAAUUGGUGCCUAAACACUAUUCACUGUUUAAAAAGGUAGAUCAACUAUGCUAACAUGAGUUUACCCUCCACUUCAUCCCGGUUACAAACACUUUGUCAGUCCCUCACUAAUACUUUCCCCAAAAUUAUCCCAUCAUAACUUACCUUUGAAAACUAACAUUUAUAUGCUCUGAUACUUUAUUGUAUUUUAAAUUGCUGGUUUGUUGCCAGUGUAGUUUUAACUUUCUCCCUCUCUCUCUUUCUCUUUUCACCACCUUAUGUUAAAGAUGGAAGCAACUGCCCCAACAUUUGUUGCUGAUUUUGAUAAGCUGGUGAGUCAACAGUGUCUCUCAUCACAUUGCUCUUCCAAUACUAUUUUUUAUGUCCUUAUAUUUACUUUAUUUAAUGUAUGUAUAUAUAUAUAUAUAUAUAUAUAUAUAUAUACACAGUACCAGUCAAAAGUUUGGACACACCUACUCAUUCAAGGGUUUUUCUUUAUUUUUACUAUUUUCUGCAUCAAAACUAUGAAAUAACACAUAUGGAAUCAUGUAGUAACCACAAACGUAUUAAACAAAUCAAAAUCUAUUUUAUAUUUGAGAUUCUUCAAAUAGACACCCUUUGCCUUGAUGACAGCUUUGCACACUCUUGGCAUUCUCUCUACCAGCUUCACCUGGAAUGCUUUUCCAACAGUCUUGAAGGAGUUCCCACAUAUGCUGAGCACUUGUUGGCUGCUUUUCCUUCACUCUGCGGUCCGACUCAUCCCAAACCAUCUCAGUUGGGUUGAGGUCGGGGAAUUGUGGAGGCCAGGUCAUCUGAUGCAGCACUCUAUCACUCUCCUUCUUGGUAAGAUAGCCCUUACACAGCCUGGAGGUGUGUUGGGUCAUUAUCCUGUUGAAAAACAAAUGAUAGUCCCACUAAGCCCAAACCAGGUGGGAUGGCGUAUCGCUGCAGAAUGCUGUGGUAGCCAUGCUGGUUAAGUGUGCCUUGAAUUCUAAAUAAAUCACAGAUAGUGUCACCAGCAAAGCACCCCCACACCAUAACACCUCCUCCUCCAUGCUUUACGGUGGGAAUUACACAUGCGGAGAUCAUCCGUUCACCCACACCGCAUCUCACAAAGACACAGCGGUCGGAACCAAAAAUCUCCAAUUUGGACUCCAGACCAUUGCUUGUGUUUAUUGGCCCAAGCAAGUCUCUUCUUCUUAUUGGUGUCCUUUAGUAGUGGUUUCUUUGCAGCAAUUCGACCAUGAAGGCCUGAUUCACACAGCCUCCUCUGAACAGUUGAUGUUGAGAUGUGUCUGUUACUUGAACUCUGUGAAGCAUUUAUUUGGGCUGCAAUUUCUGAGGCUGGUUACUCUAAUGAACGUAUCCUCUGCAGCAGAGGUAACUGGGUCUUCCAUUCCUGUGGAGGUCCUCAUGAGAGCCAGUUUCAUCAUAGCGCUUGAUGGUUUUUGCGACUGCAUUUGAAGAAACAUUCAAAGUUCUUGACAUUUUCUGUAUUGACUGACCUUCAUGUCUUAAAGUAAUGUUGGACUGUCGUUUCUCUUUGCUUAUUUGAGCUGUUCUUGCCAUAAUAUGGACUUGGUAUUUUACCAAAUAGGGCUAUCUUCUGUAUACCCCCCUACCUUGUCACAACACAACUGAUUGGCUCAAACGCAUUAAAAAGGAAAAAAAAUCCACACACUAACUUUUAAGAUGGCACACCUGUUAAUUGAAAUGCAUUCCAGGUGACUACCUCAUGAAGCUGGUUGAGAGAAUGCCAAGAGUGUUCAAAGCUGUUAUCAAGGCAAAGGGUGGCUAUUUGAAGAAUCUCAAAUAUAAAAUAUAUUUCGAUUUGUUUAACACUUUUUUGGUUACUACAUGAUUCCAUAUGUGUUAUUUUAUAGUUUUGAUGUCUUCACUAUUGUUCUACAAUGUAGAAAAUAGUAAAAAUAAAUAAAAACCCUUGACUUUGUAGGUGUUCUAAAACUUUUGACCGAUAGUGUGUGUGUGUGUGUGUGUAUAUAUAGUGGGGAGAACAAGUAUUUGAUACACUGCCGAUUUAGCAGGUUUUCCUACUUACAAAGCAUGUAGAGGUCUGUAAUUUUUAUCAUAGGUACACUUCAACUGUGAGAGACGGAAUCUAAAACAAAAAUCCAGAAAAUCACAUUGUAUGAUUUUUAAGUAAUUAAUUUGCAUUUUUAUUGCAUGACCUAAGUAUUUGAUACAUCAGAAAAGCAGAACUUAAUAUUUGGUACAGAAACAUUUGUUUGCAAUUACAGAGAUCAUACGUUUCCUGUAGGUCUUGACCAGGUUUGCACACACUGCAGCAGGGAUUUUGGCCCACUCCUCCAUACAGCCAGUCUCCAGAUCCUUCAGGUUUCGGGGCUGUCGCUGGGCAAUACGGACUUUCAGCUCCCUCCAAAGAUUUUCUAUUGGGUUCAGGUCUGGAGACUGGCUAGGCCACUCCAGGACCUUGAGAUGCUUCUUACGGAGCCACUCCUUAGUUGCCCUGGCUGUGUGUUUCGGGUCGUUGUCAUGCUGGAAGACCCAGCCACGACCCAUCUUCAAUGCUCUUACUGAGGGAAGGAGGUUGUUGGCCAAGAUCUCGCGAUACAUGGCCCCAUCCAUCCUCCCCUCAAUACGGUGCAGUCGUCCUGUCCCCUUUGCAGAAAAGCAUCCCCAAAGAAUGACGUUUCCACCUCCAUGCUUCACGGUUGGGAUGGUGUUCUUGGGGUGGUACUCAUCCUUCUUCUUCCUCCAAACACGGCGAGUGGAGUUUAGACCAAAAAGCUCUAUUUUUGUCUCAUCAGACCACAUGACCUUCUCCCAUUCCUCCUCUGGAUCAUCCAGAUGGUCAUUGGCAAACUUCAGACGGGCCUGGACAUGCACUGGCUUGAGCAGGGGGACCUUGCGUGCGCUGCAGGAUUUUAAUCCAUGACGGCAUAGUGUGUUACUAAUGGUUUUCUUUGAGACUGUGGUCCCAGCUCUCUUCAGGUCAUUGACCAGGUCCUGCCGUGUAGUAGAGGUUGGAGUCUGUUUGAUUGAGUGUGUGGACAAGUGUCUUUUAUACAGGUAACGAGUUCAAACAGGUGCAGUUAACACAGGUAAUGAGUGGAGAACAGGAGGGUUUCUUAAAGAAAAACUAACAGGUCUGUGAGAGACGGAAUUCAAACUGGUUGGUAGGUGAUCAAAUACUUAUGUCAUGCAAUAAAAUGCAAAUUAAUUACUUACAAAUCAUACAAUGUGAUUUUCUGGAUUUUUGUUUUAGAUUCCGUCUCUCACAGUUUAAGUGUACCUAUGAUAAACAAUUACAGACCUCUACAUGCUUUGUAAGUAGGAAAACCUGCAAAAUCGGCAGUAUAUCAAAUACUUUUUUUCAUUUUAUUGCAUGACAUAAGUAUUUGAUCACCUACCAACCAGUAAGAAUUCCGGCUCUCACAGACCUUUUAGUUUUUCUUUAAGAAACCCUCCUGUUCUCCACUCAUUACCUGUAUUAACUGCACCUGUUUGAACUCGUUACCUGUAUAAAAGACACCUGUCCACACACUCAAUCAAACAGACUCCAACCUCUCCACAAUGGCCAAGACCAGAGAGCUGUGUAAGGACAUCAGGGAUAAAAUUGUUGACCUGCACAAGGCUGGGAUGGGCUACAGGACAAUAGACAAGCAGCUUGGUGAGAAGGCAACAACUGUUGGCGCAAUUAUUAGAAAAUGGAAGAAGUUCAAGAUGACGGUCAAUCUCCCUCGGUCUGGGGCUCCAUGCAAGAUCUCACCUCGUGGGGCAUCAAUGAUCAUGAGGAAGGUGAGGGAUCAGCCCAGAACUACACGGCAGGACCUGGUCAAUGACCUGAAGAGAGCUGGGACCACAGUCUCAAAGAAAACCAUUAGUAACACACUAUGCCGUCAUGGAUUAAAAUCCUGCAGCGCACGCAAGGUCCCCCUGCUCAAGCCAGUGCAUGUCCAGGCCCGUCUGAAGUUUUCCAAUGACCAUCUGGAUGAUCCAGAGGAGGAAUGGGAGAAGGUCAUGUGGUCUGAUGAGACAAAAAUAAAAAAAAUUGGUCUAAACUCCACUCGCCGUGUUUGGAGGAAGAAGAAGGAUGAGUACCACCCCAAGAACACCAUCCCAACCGUGAAGCAUGGAGGUGGAAACGUCAUUCUUUGGGGAUGCUUUUCUGCAAAGGGGACAGGACGACUGCACCGUAUUGAGGGGAGGAUGGAUGGGGCCAUGUAUCGCGAGAUCUUGGCCAACAACCUCCUUCCCUCAGUAAGAGCAUUGAAGAUGGGUCGUGGCUGGGUCUUCCAGCAUUACAACGACCCGAAACACACAGCCAGGGUAACUAAGGAGUGGCUCCGUAAGAAGCAUCUCAAGGUCCUGGAGUGGCCUAGCCAGUCUCCAGACCUGAACCCAAUAGAAAAUCUUUGGAGGGAGCUGAAAGUCCGUAUUGCCCAGCGACAGCCCCGAAACCUGAAGGAUCUGGAGAAGGUCUGUAUGGAGGAGUGGGCCAAAAUCCCUGCUGCAGUGUGUGCAAACCUGGUCAAGACCUACAGGAAACGUAUGAUCUCUGUAAUUCCAAACAAAGGUUUCUGUACCAAAUAUUAAGUUCUGCUUUUCUGAUGUAUCAAAUACUUAUGUCAUGCAAUAAAAUGCAAAUUAAUUACUUAAAAAUCAUACAAUGUGAUUUUCUGGAUUUUUGUUUUAGAUUCCGUCUCUCACAGUUGAAGUGUACCUAUGAUAAAAAUUACAGACCUCUACAUGCUUUGUAUGUAGGAAAACCUGCAAAAUCGGCAGUGUAUCAAAUACUUGUUCUCCCCACUGUAUAUGUGUGUGUAUAAUGCUGUUGAGGGAAUAUUAUUUGAAUCAGACAAUUAAGGAUUCACUUCAGAUAUUUAUUUUCAUUUUUUUGGUGACCCUAUUCUGUUAUAGUGUUGUGUUUUUAUGUACUGUCAUUCAGUUGUAUUUGUUAAAGCUACAAUAUGUACGUUGUUGGUCGACCCGACCAAAUUUUCAUAGAAAUGUGAGUUAUAGAAUGUCAUGCUCAUUGAAAGCAAGUCUAAGAAGUGUUAGAUCUGUUCUAUGUGCGCUAUUUCUAUAUUUCCCGUUCUGAAGUUUUUUGUUUUUGCGUCUUUUACUUUCGGUUUUGUACACCAGCUUCAAACAGCUGAAUAUAAAAUAUUUUGGGUUAUGGAAAAUAUAUUUCACAGCGGUUAAGACAGUACAAUGAUUUUCGACACGAUAACUGCUUGUUUUGUCACGUAAACUGAAAUUAGGCAAAUUAUUAGAAUUUUUGCAACCAGGAAAUGGUGGAGCGAUUUCUGCGUAGUGCAUCUUUAAGUGCAGUUUUUGAAGUGUUCACACUUAUGUUGAAUUUGUUAUCCAAAAACACUUAUGUUUUAUUUUUUGUAUUACUGCCUAAAUGCGCAAACUGUACUCUGAAGCAACAUUUAAACUAGACUCAGCAAUAUUGAAUCAUCAUAUUGUACAUAGAGGAACAACUUCCUGCAUACAGACCUCAACAUCAACAAUAUUUUAAUCUGUCAAGACUGCCCCUAUUAGUAUUUAUUUGGGCUGCAAUUUCUGAGGCUGGUAACUCUAAUGAACUUAUCCUCUGCAGUAGAGGUAACUCUGGGUCUUCCAUUCCUGUGGAGGUCCUCAUGAGAGCCAGUUUCAUCAUAGCGCUUGAUGGUUUUUGCGACUGCACUUGAAGAAACUUUCAAAGUUCUUGAAAUGUUCCGUAUUGACUGACCUUCAUGUCUUAAAGUAAUGAUGGACUGUCGUUUCUCUUUGCUUAUUUGAGCUGUUCUUGCCAUAAUAUGGACUUGGUCUUUAACCAAAUAGGGUUGUCUUCUGUAUACCCCCCUACCUUGUCACAACACAACUGAUUGGCUCAAACACAUUAAGAAGGAAAGAAAUUCCACACAUUAACUUUUAAGAAGGCACACCUGUUAAUUGAAAUGCAUUCCAGGUGACUACCUCAUGAAGCUGGUUGAAAGAAUGCCAAGAGUGUGCAAAGCUGUUAUCAAGGCAAAUGGUGGCUAUUUGAAGAAUCUCAAAUAUUAAAUAUAUUUUGAUUUGUUUAACACGUUUUUGGUUACUACAUGAUUCCAUAUGUGUUAUUUCAUCGUUUUGAUGGCUUCACUAUUAUUCUACAAUGUAGAAAAUAGUAAAAAUAAAGAAAAACCCUUGAAUUUGUAGGUGUUCUAAAACUUCUGACCAGUAGUGUGUGUGUGUGUGUGUGUGUAUAUAUAUGUAUGUAUAUAUAUGUAUGUAUGUGGGUGUGUAUAAUGUUGUUGAGGGAAUAUUAUUUGAAUCAGACAAUUAAGGAUUCACUUCAUAUAUUUAUUUUCAUUUUUUGUGACCCCAUUCCGUAAUAGUGUUGUGUUUUGUGUACUGUCAUUCAGUUGUAUUUGUUAAAGCUGCAAUAUGUACGUUUUUGGUCGAACCGACCAAAUUUACAUAGAAAUGUGAGUUAUAGAUCUGUCAUGCUCAUUGAAAGCAAGUCUUAAGAAGCAUUAGAUCUGUUCUAUGUGCGCUAUUUCUAUGUUUCCCGUUCCUAAGGUUAUUUUUUGCGUCUUUUACUUUCGAUUUUGUACACCAGCUUCAAACAGCUGAAAUGCAAUGUUUUUGGUUAUGGAAAAUAUAUUUCACAGCGGUUUAGAUGGUACAAUGAUUCUCUACACUAUACUUCCUUGUUUUGUUACAUAAACUUAAAUUAGGCAAAUUAUUAGAAUUUUUGCAACCAGGAAAUGGUGGAGCGAUUUCUGCAUAGUGCAGUUUUUGAAGUGUUCACACUUAUGUUGAAUUUGUUAUCCAAAAACAUUUAAUUGUUUAAUUUUUUUGUAUUACUGCCUAAAUUCACAAACUUUACUCUGAAGCAACAUUUAAACUAGACUCAGCAAUAUUGAAUCAUCAUAUUGUACAUAGAGGAACAACUUCCUGCAUACAGACCUCACCACAACAUUUUAAUCUGUCAAGACUGCCCCUAUUAGCUCUUCCCAAUUUGUGUCCUCCCUUGAGGUAUUUCCACACUAGGAAGAGGCAACAGUGACAAUCUGUUCUGAUUUGAAUUCUGUGAUAUCUGUAAGGUUGCCUUGUAUGAUGUCAUAUUAUUAAGUCUACCUUUAAGGGCUUCAACCACCUUUAUUCUCUGUUGAAACCGCAUAACUAACUCAAUCAAUUGUAGAUAAAAGGAAACUGAACUGCAGUUCCACUCAGAAUGUUGUAAUGUAGGCUUUCUGAAGGGUUUAUCAUGUAAAGAACGAUACACCUUACCUCACGCAAACAUUGUCAUUCAAUGUUGAUGUGAAACGAAAAUUGAAAAUACAUGUUAAACAUUCUGAGUGAACAUGCAGAAUGUUUUCAUUUAUCUGCAUAAUAUUGAAUUGGGGGGUCCAAUUUGAGCCACAUUCAGUUAUACAGGGGGUAAAAGGGCUAAACAGCCAUACCUACCCAGGUUAAUAAUAAUAAUAAUAAUGAUAAUUCAUUUUAUCGCUAGUGCAUUUGUUGCACCCAACUACACAGCAUAAUCAAAAAGUACAAAAGAGGUAUGGUGAGGUGGGACAGGGGUGGUUGUGGGGCUGCUGUAAUGUGUAAGACAGGGGAUGUUGAUCAGCUCUUCCCUCGCCUGUCUUUGUGGAAAGAUUGAAAGCAAGGCCGUGGCCCCUGAAGCUGCAGUGCCCCCAGCUGAGACUGCUGUGGCCCCGGAGGCCCCAGCUGAGACUGCUGUGGCCCCGGAGGCCCCAGCUGAGACUGCUGUUGCCCCGGAGGCCCCAGCUGAGACUGCUGUGGCCCCGGAGACCCUUGGGGCUGAGACCUCAGAGGCCACAGAGGCAGCGGCCGAGGCAGGGGAGAUCCAGGAGCCUGCUCCCCCUACUGGUGAGGCUGAGGCAGCCGAGAGUGCCACCAGCCCUGGAGAGGAGAAGCCUGCUGUGAGUGACAGUUAG